GUUACGUUGCCGGAGACGCUGACAGGGACUGGAGGAGGAGUGAGCGCGGGGAGGUCGGCGGUGGGGGGAGGGGGAAGCUGUGGAGAAGGAGAAAGCGAGGCAUUAGCAACAGCGCCAGCAGUAAUGGUGGCGGCGGCUGAGGCGGCGAGAGGCUGCUGCGGUUGACGCCGGUCCUUCCCGCAGGUGGGUAGGCGAGCCUCUCCCCCUUCCCCGCUUCUCGUCCCCCGCUUUCGGUGUGAGGGAGGUUGGGUGGAAGGGGCUGGACGGGGGGCUUCGGAAGCGGCUGAGGCGCCGCUUCUCGGCUUUGACAGCUUCCUACCCCCGCUGCCCCUUCCUCCUGCGCCCCGUUGCAGGCAGGUGUUUCUUCGGCCUCCUUUCGCCGCUCUGGCUCUGAGCCUCCUCUCAGCACCGCCACAGUAUAAACAGGUAGCAGCAGCAGCAGCAGCAGCAGCCCUUUCCUUACCCUUGGCAAAGUGGAGCCUCUCUGACGUGACCAUUUCUCUCCCUCUCCCGCCCCCCCUUCUUCUCUUUGCCCUCCUCCCUCUUCUUCCAAGACCGGGUUUCCUUUCCUCCCAAAGCAAAGCUUUAUUUCAUUCCUCCACCCGCUCGCUUUUAGGCUAAGCUCCCCUUCCCCAAAAUCUCACAGUUGUUACCGGGGCGGUUUUCAUCAAAAAACUACAACACCACAAAACAUCGCCUCACAGUGCCUUUUGCUUACAAGACAUCUGAUGAUGUCCUGGCUUCAAGCUUGCACCUACUGGUGUUUUAUUUUUAUUUCUUCCCCCAAGGUACUUGAGGCCUCUCAUUGCACCCUCGAGGUUGACUCGUUCCUUGAAGGAUUGGCAGCACGCUUUGCCCACCUUCAGAAUAAAGAGAGGGGACCCCUUUUCAAGACAGCAAUACAUCUUUUGGUUUGUGCUGCGCUGAUCUCUGAGAUGUCGAAGCGAUUCUUUUCAAAGCAAAGUCCCUCACUGCGCUGCCACCCCUUUCUCAGUGGGUGCUUGGGAACCCUCCUCUUAACACAUUAACUCAUGAUACAGUGUGGGAAAUGUGACUGGGCAAAUUUAGUAGGGACACAUUGAUAUCUGCAGGUUAUGCAACCUCUCGACUACAUUGCACAUGCAGACAUCCACCUACAGAGCUUGUAUAGUGGACGUACAUUGGCACACAUUGUGUUCAUGUAAACAUGUAGGCUUUUGAAGUUGAGUGAGAAAAGCUGCCAUACUAGCAUCUGUACAUUCAACUUUGAAUACAGUUUCCUUAAGAUAAUAGAUUGGGUUGGUGGGUUUACUGAUAGUCAACUGGUUUUGUUUCUCCCCCCCCCAGGAAGAGCGGAAGACCAGCGUUUUAUAAUCUACAGUGGGAGGUAAGUGCAAGUUCGGUAUUUCCUUAGACAAGGAUAUUAAUUCUAUUGAUUUAUAGCUUUGUUCCCUCAAGUAAUUGCUUUUAGGGACUUUGUAGGUAUUCAAAGGGAUGAGUAAGAUCUAUGUCAAGGUGUCUUCUGGAGAUGAUUUUUACUUGUCAGUCAGAUGCCAUUAUGCAGGCUGGCUGGCUAAUGCACCUGAACUGUGUGGUCUGUUCCAUCUCUCCUGUGUUGAAAGGGCUGAGUAUGCAGCUGUUUCAUGGUUCAAAAUAAAACUGUAAUUCUACUAAGUUUUGCUUAUUUUCUUGCAUCUAGAAGCAGAAUAGGAUAACUAAUAAUAGUUAUAAGAGAGAGAUUAUUUUUUAGCAUGUUUGUGUCAGACAUUUAAAAUGCCUUAUUUAGAGUAAGCUUCCAUUAACUGUAGUCUUGUUUAAUCAGUUAUCUUGGAACAUUUGUUAACUUCUGUUAUGAGAUAAUUAAAGACUGGAGAAAAGAGAUUGUGAAAGAACAAGCUUCACAUCUAAACAAGAAGUAGUCAUUGUGGUGCUCUUCAGAUGUUGUAGACUACAACUCCCAUUAUUCCUGAACAUUGUCUAUGUUGGCUGGGUCUUACGGUACUUGUCAUUCAAAACAUCUGGAGGGCACUAAAUUGGCCAUCCCAGAUAUAAAACAUUUGGACUACUGUUUUCUGUCUUUAUUUGGUUUCAUAGUUUAUAUCUACUUCAAGAGAAGGUCUGAUAGAUGGAUAGCCUCUUCAGUACCUGGGAUGCAGUGACAAACUAGGUGGGAGUAAAGUUGUCUUUACAGGCUUGGCUUUGCAUAAGAUGUAAAACUGAUUAGAAUAUUGUACUAUAUAUUUAGGCAAAUAUGCUUACUGGUAUAUGAUGUCCAUUCUAUGUUCAUGUUAACUGUAUAUAUUGCUUCCUGUUAUUUAAGUAUGCUCAGCCUUAUAAUGUUACUUUUUAGGGAAUUUUUUUGAUACCCUAUUUUUUCUAUCCAUAACACUUUUCACUGAGCACACAAUUCGCCUGUUGUAGCAGAAUAGGCUAAUAUGUUGGGGGUGGGGCUGAUGUUUACAUUGGUCUUAACUGGAUGUGUAGACUGCUCAAGAUGCAUAAGCUGUGACUUGCCUCUGGAGCCUUGUGGGGCUGAGCAAAACUAUAUUGUUAGCAAUAGCUUGCCUAGGGGAUAGGGAGAGUCUCUAUUCUUUGUACAGGAAAAUUAGUUGUAAUUUUGGUUUAUCCCACUGAUUUUAGUUUCAGUGGAUGGAGGUGGGGGGAUAGAGGAUACUUAAGAACAUAGUCAUUGGUAUUUUGACCUUCAGGCUUUUUACAUACCCAAAAGGCCAUCAUAGGCACAUUACACAAGGUAUUGGUGGUACUCUUCAAAAGUGUUAUGAAGAAUGGGCACGAUUGUUCAAGCAACAUAAAAGAAGGGAGAAUUCUGACAAUUGUUACCCACACACCUCACGUGCAUAGUAAAUGCACUCAUUUGGGGGUUAUAUAGGUCUAAACAUGCUAUUACCCUAUUUUCUGUAACUUUGCUCUAAUUUUUUCUCUGAUAACAAUAGCAAAAUGUGAAGAUUAUGCAUAAAUCUUCUUUCUCAAAACUUUUGUAAAAGUCUGUAAAUGCAGGUAUAUACACAGCAGCAGCUAGACACAUGCAGCUCCUAAAUACGUAAUAACAAGUAAUAAAUGCAAUUACUAUUUUUUCAUAAAAGUGACCCAAAGCGACUUAUAAAUAGCAAUUGUGAAUUAAUGUACAGUUUGAGGGUUGCUCCCAAACCAUUACUUGCACCCCUACAAUCUAGUUUGCAUCCUAUAUUUUAACCUACCUAAUUAAUCAUUACUUCUACUCCUAGCAUAGUCCAGAAAUGCACUUAAGUUUUCUGUGUAUCUCACUUGCUGUAGGCUUCAGUGAGGCCUGGAUUUGACCCAUGAAGACCCAUGACUGUCUCUUGGAAGGUUGAAGGGAGGUUUGUGUAGAGGCUUGCGCUGUCUGACAGAUGGUAUCUAUGGACCUACAGAGAUAUCCAUGGAAUAACAUAAUGGUUGCAUCUUAGUGGAUCUUAGGAACUAGCUUCUCAUUUGUGCAGUUCUCAGAACAGAAAGCAGAUGAAUGUAAUGAGAUGCAUGUUGUAGAUGUGGUAUGAGGUCAUCCUCGGUCAUUGCCGCCAAGGUAUAUGCAGUGUUUACCCAGUAGCUCUUUAUAUCUUUCUGCAGCCUUGACUAACAACCUAUACUCCUGGACAGAGAAAAGCAGCAGAAAGCUACUGCUUUUUGGAUCUUGACAUAUUUUGCUUAAGAAUGUCAUCCCCGCCUUUGACAAUGGGAAUGUUUGACCAAACCUGUUGCUAUUGCUACAGUUCUGCACUGUUGGGCUCGGUAGACUAAACAUUUUCUUCCUGUUCAUUGUUGCAUUUGGGUUUUCCCUCUUGUCCUCUCUUUAUUAGUAGGACAACACGGAGAAAUGUUCUGUGAUCUCUCUUUUUUAAUAUAGUAAAAAGACUUGUGGGUUUCAAAGACUAAGCCAGGGGGCUUUGAUUAUAAAAGAUCUCAUCAAUAUGGUCUCAUCCCUAGUUUUCUUAUACUUCAUUGGAGUACAUCCUGUACUGUACAAGGAUGCUCAUUCAAAAGGAAUUGUCCUACCCUCUUCUCCCCACUGAGCCUGCCCUAUUCUCCUAAAAUACCAAAUUACAAAGCCUUACUGCUUGGAAGCUUGAUUUGAGACAAAUGAGACCUGAUGGUCUUGAGGUGACAUUGCUUUACAGUUAAUCUGUCCUUUCAGCAGUUCUGUCCAUGGGCUAGGUAAAUAUUAUCUAAAUAGAAACCUGAUAUUGUAUGCUGCAAGGAAUGCCUUCUGCAGCAGGUGUUAUGGGUCCCUGUAGAAGCUGAUGGUUGUGAUACAAAGGGAUGAAAGAGAAUGUUCCAUUUGGGCACCUACAGUUUUUGCAUUGUUUCCAUUUUGAAGCUACCUCAUAGAAACCCUAUCCCCUAGACUUAAGACGGCAAAAGACACUGGGGAUUGACAAGUGAGCUCUUGGAAGGGAAACUACAACUGUUACAAAUAUAAUAUUUUCCCCUUGGGUUUGCCUUUAACACAUCCCAUGGACCAAGCAGCUUAAAAAAGGAGGAGGGGACUUUAAGAGCUGAAAAUACGGAGUCUUUCUUCAUCCCCAGCCCCUGUUUAGUGUGAAAACAGCCCUGAGUUUUAUGGAAGAUUAGUAUUGAAAAAUGUGAAUUUGUUUGCAAGUGUUCCUCCAGAUUGUGAAUGAUAGUAGGAUCUAAAAAAUAGUGAAACUAGUUCUGAGAGUCCAAAGGGGCCAUUAGACUUGUUUUUCCUCAAACAGCAGCCUGCCCAUGUCACAUGGCAAACUGUGAAAUUCCCUUCAGGCUCAUGUGAAUUAGGUACCAUUCAGUUUCUGGUACAGUACACAGUAGAAUCAUGUUUCAAAGCAAACUAUGGGCUAAUUUGCCAUGUGUUCACCUUCUAGCAUUUUUUUAAGAGAGACAGUGCUAGUGAGUAACAUUUCACUACAUAUUUAAUUGAUUUAAUCUGUUCAAUGAAAUGAAAACUCUGAGCCUCUUUGAAGAUUAGUGUUGUCUGUUGGUUUCCAAAGGUAUCCUAAUGAAAGAACACUGUAGAGAAAGCAGGCUUACUGUUCUUUUUGCAAGCCCUGAUGGCAGUAGCCUAAAAAUCUGCUAAGAACCGCUUCAUAGUUCUUCUUUUCCCACUGCAGUUGUAGCUGUGUGUGUGUUAGUAAAACUAUUUUUAAAAUUAUUGCAUUGCCUCAAGAAGUAAAUAAACCAUAUCAAUGUUUAUUUAUACUCUCCCAGAGCACAAAAGACCUCACAGUAACAAAUUCAGCAUGUUAGAUAAUUUUGAAGUGAUUGUUUGAAAAUUAAAUCCCACAUGACCAAAUGGACAAAGGAAUAGGGCCAUGUGUUUAUCUCUUCUUUAAUACUGUUUGUUACCUUUUAGUUCAUAAAGGGAAGUGGGGGUAAAGAAAAAUAUCCUGUAGGUAAUAAUAAUAAUAUUUUUUUUAUUUAUACGUCGCCCAACUGACUGGGUUGCCCCAGCCACUCUGGGCUGCUUCCUGCAAAAUAUAAAAACAUAAUAAAACAUUAAACAUUAAAACCUUCCCUAUACAGGGCUGCCUUCAGAUGUCUUCUAAAAGUUGUUUAUCCCUUUGAUAUCUGAUGGAAGGGCAUUUUACAAGGCAAGCACCACUACUGAGAAGGCUCCUUGUCUGGUUCCCUGUGACUUCACUUCUUGUGAGGGAACAGUCAGAAGGCCCCUUUGGAGCUGGACCUCAUUGCCGAGCUGAACUAUAGGGGUGGAGAUGCUCCUUCAGAUAUGCAGGGCUGAGGCCGUUUAGGGCUUUAAAAGGUCAGCACCAGCACUUUAAAUUGUGCUCGGAAACGUACUGGGAGCUAAUGUAGAUUCUUUAGGAUUGGCGUUACAUGAUCCUGGCGGUCACUCCGCAGUCUAGCUGUCACAUUCUAAAUUAGUUGUAGUUUCUGAGUCACCUUCAAGGUAGCCCUACGUAAAGCACAUUGUUCUAUUCCAAGUAGGGGAUAACUAGAGCAUGUACCACUGUGGUGAGACAGUAUGCAGGCAAUUAGGGUCUCAGCAGGGGUACCAGAUUCAGCUGGUAGACAGCCAUUCUGAACACAGAAUUUACCUGUGCCUCUAUGAACAUCUGUGAGUCCAAAAGGCCCCCCUAGGCUGUGCACAGUUACCCCAUUUAGGACCAGGGAGUCCCCCACACCUUUCUCCCCUCCUCAGAAACAGUACAUCUGUCUUGUCUGGAUUCAACCUCAAUCCGUUAACUGCCAUCCAUCCUCCACCCACCUCCAGACACUCACAGAGUACAUUCACUGACUUCACCAGUUCUGAUUUAAACGAGAGGUAGAGCUGGGUAUCAUACUGGUGAACACCCAGCCCAAACCCCCUGAUGAUCUCUCCCACCAUCUUCAUAUAGAUGUAAUAAAGCAUGGAGGAGAGGACAUCAACCAGUGUGACAAAGGUGGUUUCAUUCUCAUGAUGGAGCCUGAAUCCCAUUGGGAAGGGAUCCAAAUGGUCGACAUCCUCCAGAUUAGAGUGUGCUCAAUCACCUUGCCCAGGAAUGGAAGAUUUGAGACUGGGUGAUAAUUGCCCAUAAUGAUCGGUUUUUUAAUAAGCGGUUUAAUAACCACUUCUUUAAGUGGUUAUCCAGGAAGACUCCCUCACACAGGGAAGCAUUCACCACUGCAUGGAGCCCAUUGCCUAGCCCUGCCUAGGAGCCAGGGUGGGCAAGGGUCCAGGAGACAGGUGGUCAGUUUCAUUUGUAGUUGAACAUGCCCUUAGCUGCUCUAAAAACGUGCAAGGAAAGCAUUUUUUUUGAUGCAGUAUGAAGGAAAAUUCCUAAAGCACUUCACUGAGCAGGCAUUUUCCAUUUUCUUACGUAGAUGUUUAUAGUGGAUUAUGCUACAUUUGUUUCAUGUGAUAUAGGCAUUCACUUACCUUCAGAAGUGAAUGUCCAUAUUUGCACACCUGAUAUUUGACAUCCUACAUAGCUCAAAGACUAAAGUGGUUUAAUAAUUUUGUGAUCCUUCAUUCAGAUGAUGAAAUGAAGACCUGAGAGAAUUCCAGUUAGCUACAGGCUCUCUAACUGGAUUUCUUACUCAAUGAUGUAAUGUGCUUCCAGGGAUUCCCUUUCCUAGUUUGUUUUUGGAAUUGAUCCCACUAGUCAAUAAGCCUCAGCUCAAAGUGUAUCUCUUACAAGGGAAAACUUCAGGCACUUAAUCUGUUCUGCUUUGUCAUGUGCUGACAUGCCUCCCACUUCUAGUUGUAAUGCUUGAAUUGCAUGUUUUGCGGAAAUAUUGGGCAUGUAUUUUGCCCUCCCAGAAAAAUAAACAGCAAUGAAUAACUGAUAAUUACAGUUUGACUAAUUCUAAAACUAAAGUUGCAUUCCUGUGCACACUUGUUUGAGAGGAAGUACAUUGGUGAGGCAUAUGCUAAGUAAAUAUAACUAGAAUUCUUCUGGAAAACUGCCUGACAUAUCACCCUGAAAUCUUCAUAUCUUCUAAGGCUGCAGCUGGUAUUCCUGUACAUAUAUGCAUUUUGGAGUUGAAUAGAUUUUGUUAAGUGUAAAAUAGUAUUUGCAUACUCUGUUUCAUUAUAGAUAAUUGGUAAAAUGGGGACACUAUUUUUACCAAAUUGAAAUAUAAUUUAUAUUUCUAAAAUGUUUACAUGCCUUGCACCUGCUUUUCCUUCCUGGGUUUCCCUCCCCCUCCUCUUCCUGAUUCUUACUAGGCACACAUCACUUUUCUUCUGUCUGUCCUUCUGUCGGAUGUGAUCCCAGAGCAACCUCACAAAUUGUACUCUUCAGACACUAGGGCUAAAAUCAACUGGGAUCACUGGCUUUUCAGAUGAUGGUGAUUUAUUUUUUUUAAUGUUGCUUAUCUUAAAAAAUAAUCCAAAGCAGUUUUCAAAGGAACAAAUUAACAUAAACACAGAUCCCCUGGAAAGCUUUCAUGUAACAUUCAGAAAGCUUUAGUUUAUGAAAACAAUAAGCAAAAGUAUGUCACUGUCUGUGGGGAAUUGCAUUAAAGAGCAAUGAGCUACUCGCAUGUCAGGCAGUUUAAUGUUAAAUCACUUGUUUUAAUUAUGAGAGAAGCAUCUGUUUACUCCUUCCGUUUGUGCUACAGGAUAAUGAAUGCUUGACAGUAACAACGCAUAUAUGUGACAUGUGCACACAACUUCAGAGAUGAUGCACACUUUAUCUAAGUGGUAAGGUUUGCAUCCAGAGAAGAUUUGGCAGAACUCUGCUCAUGCCGCAGUACUUUCCUGGCUCUUCUCCCACUGCAGGCCACUGUACUCCCCCAAAGAGCUGAUGCACCCUCUGGAUCUGUGUUGGAUGGGCACAGCAAAAGAACUGGAAAAUUGGAGGAAUUCAGUUAAUCUGAUUUGCGAAAACAGAAGUGGUCAUUUUGCUAGCACAAGACAUACCUGGAACCAAGCCAAAAGCAUUAUAAUGCAGUCGGAAAUGUAACUUCACAUGAAUGUAUUAGUAAAAGUUGGUAGCAAUGGUAAACGGAAGAUUAAAAAAAAGAUUGCUGUAGUGAGUCACUAAAAGAUUGCCUUUUCUCAGACUCGUUUUAAUAUUGUGUGGCAGGUUAGAAUGAACUAUUCAAGGUGGAGAGGUCAUGGGGUGCCAAAAAGUUUUUGUUUAGUUUAGUUUAGUUUAGUUUUGUUGCAAAGGCUGCUUGAUCAGGUGAUGGUUGUACAGUGGUACCUCGGGUUAAGUACUUAAUUUGUUCCGGAGGUCCGUUCUUAACCUGAAAUUGUUCUUAACCUGAAGCACCACUUUAGCUAAUGGGGCCUUCUGCUGCUGCCGCACCGCCAGAGCACGAUUUCUGUUCUCAUCCUGAAGCAAAGUUCUUAACCUGAAGCACUAUUUCUGGGUUAGUGGAGUGUGUAACCUGAAGCAUAUGUAACCUGAAGUGUAUGUAACCAGUGGUACCACUGUAGUUAAUUGCUAUCCCCAUCUAAGUUCUAGGGAAACUUGUAUAGUACCCCCCAAACGAAGAGUUAUUUUAGGUUAAGGUUACCAGAUUUUUUCCAAUGAAUCCAGGGACACUUUUCAACUUCAAUGGAUUUUCUAUGGGGACUGGUUUGUAAAUCCGGGGACUAUCCCUGGGAAACGGGGAUGUCCAGUAACCUUAUUUUAGGUACUUCCUGGAUGGGAGGUUGCGGGGGGGGGGAUGUACAGGUUAUAUCAGAGAUUAAAUGGAGGUUUAGAUUGUUUUGUAGGGCAUAUCAAGCCAAACAGUCUUCUCAAACCAACUUGCUAGCAUCUGACAUUCCUUGUUCCCAUUUCCCUCUCUUUGUCCUAAUCCUAGCUGCUGUAUUUCUUUAUAAUGCUACACUUAUUACGCUGCCACUGAGAUAGAGGAGGAGCCAUAGCUCAGUGAUGGAGCACAUGCUUUACAUUCAGAGGGUCCCAGGUUUAAUCCCUGGCAUCUCCAAUUAAAAGGAUCUCAUGGAUGCUGGGAAAUGCCACUACCUGAUCAUGGAAAGUUGCUGCCAGUGAGUUGGUUCUCCAUUAUAUUUGAUUAUUCUCAUAUUACCUGCCUUGUACUGUACAAAGUACAGUGGUACCUCGGGUUGCAUACGCUUCAGGUUACAUACACUUUAGGUUACAGACUCCGCUAACCCAGAAAUAGUACCUUGGGUUAAGAACUUUGCUUCAGGAUGAGAACAGAAAUCGCGCGGCGGCAGCGGGAGGCCGCAUUAGCUAAAGUGGUGCUUCAAGUUAAGAACAGUUUCAGGUUAAGAACAUACCUUCGGGACGAAUUAAGUACGUAACCAGAGGUACCACUGUAGAGCAGGAGAGAAAUAUUUUAAAUAAAUGUUUGAUACCCUCUUCACCUGCAGCUUCACGUAAUGCAUACUAAAUUGUUUUCAAAACCAACAGGAAUUUAAGCAGCAAGUUCUGAUGUUAAAAUUAAAAGUAAGAAAAUUCCACCAUGAAGGGCUUGCACAUAGAUCCCAGCUGGAAUGUACUGGAGUAUAUUGACCUCUUCCCUGCCAGGAGAAUAUUAUUCCAUGAAGUUGGGUUCAGUAUCUUGAGUUCUCUAAGCUGCAGAACUAUGGAGAAGUAUUAAGUAUUUUUUCUUUGGCGGCUCAUAAUAAAGGGCACAACAGAUGAAUGAGAAAAAACUGUUUUUAAGAUGUAAAAACUAAAUAACCCUGAUGAAAUUGGUUUUCUCACUGAAUUCCACUUUCAGUUGAAACAAAAGUUAAUCUUUAAGGUAUGUGUUUAAGUUUUCAUGCAAACACAAUGUCAGUUCAGCACCUUGGUUUUAAUUAAUUAAUCAUUCAUCCAUAACCUCAUUAUUUUAUAAUACAGCACCGUUACUUGGUUGGUCACAUCCAUACAUUUACCCCCCAAAUUAAGUGUUUAAUUUCAGCAAGGUGUAAAUACAAGGGUCUAUAAUUCUUGGAUGGCCUUGAUAGCUCAGCCAAAAAUUGUGGCCACAAGAUUGUGGGUAGCCUGCAGGAAAGGGUGCUAUGGAGUGCAUGGGAUUUGGCUGCUGUUCAGAGUUGCAUAGUGUCUUUCCACAGUGGUAGUGACGGAAGCCUUCUGCUUCCCUUUCCUGUGUGGGAGCAGGAAAUAUGGGCUUGUUGCUUUGUUCCUUCAUGGUAGAGAAACUCUACCAUGCAGUAAACAGCCCCCUAGUUUUAUUGCUAAGAUUGAACCUGCAGAGAGGCAGGAAUCGCCAGUCAAUCCGUCACCUCCUCAGCUUUUAGCUUAGGGAUGGGGGGGGGGGAGUUUGCCAAAUGUAACACUUAAUGAUCUCUCAGACCUGAGGAGUAGCUGCUUCUGUAUUGUUGGAUUGUUGGCUUCAGAUCUGAAGAAUAACUGUGCCAUGUAAACAAUAGGCAGCAUUGUAUUUAACUAUUCAGUAGCAUAGUAAAUUAUUAAACUAGUAUUAGAGGGCAGAGAAUCUUGUUAAUUUUAUUUAUUUUUCUUGUGUACCUGUUGCAGCAAUAAAUUCCGCAAGCAGGGCAUAAAAUGUUAUAGGACUUUUUUUGGUAGUUUCUUAAUGCAAGCUUUUAAAAACACCUAUUUUUUAAGAUAAGUAAUUCUUCCCUCCCUCCAUAAACAUAUGAUAUGUAACCUAAGCAUCUUAAUAAUUAGUGAGAUUAUUCAUUUGUCUGUACAGCAUAGGUAACAGUUUUUGUGUGUUUCUGCCUGUCACUUUGCUGGUCUGUGCUCUGGCAGAGCUCCCUCUUACUGUAGUAAGGUCUUCUGCUGCCAGAGACAGCCACACAUAUAUAUGAUGCACUGAGGCCCUUUGUGUAUUCAGUUUCUCCGUUUCAUUUAAGAAAGGGCAACAUCUUGUGUAUGUGGAUGUAGGCCUAAAACUGUUAAACUGGCUUUGUCAGUAUUUUGGAAUCUUUCCAUUGAAUGUCUCAUACCAUAUACUAAGCAUAUUCUCCUGGAAUAGAUAAGUAGAUACAAAACUGGGGAAAAUGUAUAUUCUGGAAACAUAGUUAUAGGAAGCCACAGAAGCAGUUGAUUUAACCGUACCGGUUAUUCUUUUAAUUUCCUUUCAUGUUCCCAGGUCUGCUAAAAAAAUAGUAAAGUGCAAUUUUACAACAAUUAAAUAAACAAAUGAGAACAGUGACAGCAUCAUUUAUGGUAGAUAGUAAAACUAAAGUUAUCCAAGUUAAAAAUGCUAACAUUAUCAAUUCUGAAAAGCCUUGGAAAACAAAGGUUUUUGCUUGGUACCUAAAUGAUGGCAAUGAAGACCCCAUGUGACCUCCCUAGGGGGUUCAUUCCAAAGGCAGGAGCCACAACAGGAAAGAUUGUACAGUGGUACCUCGGGUUACAUACGCUUCAGGUUACAUACGCUUCAGGUUACAGACUCUGCUAACCCAAAAAUAGUGCUUCAGGUUAAGAACAGAAAUCGUGCUCUGGUGGCGCAGGAGGCCCCAUUAGCUAAAGUGGUGCUUCAGGUUAAGAACAGUUUCAAGUUAAGAACCGACCUCUGGAACGAAUUAGUACUUAAACCGAGGUACCACUGUAUUCUUGGCCCUAACCAGCUGCACUCUGCAGACUGUGGGGGCAUCCUGAGAGAAAUUAUUUCAGUUGGUGGGCAGAUUUGACACUUGGAAGCUCAGCUCUCAACUAUCAAUGUCCAGUGAACAUCUCUGUAAUAUGAUGUCAUGCUUCUUGACGUUGCCCUGUGGCAGCCUAGCCAAGGCUUUAUUUGCUGUUGGCACAGCAAGUCUUAUACAGCCAGAACAACUAAGUUUCAACUACUGUUGGCUCCAUUGCCUUUUAGCAUUGCCUUUUAGGAGCCAACAGAUAUACUAGGAAUAAGAACGGAUCAUUCUUGCAUAUCUCACUUAAAUUUCAUGUUGCUGUUAUUUCUAUAAUACCGUUUUGAAUCUGAAAUUGUAUAUGGCUUUGUUAAUGAUUCUGAAUUGGUCAAGCAGUUUUGAGAGUGCAAUUGCCAUGAUUUGAGAGGAAUUGGUUUGGCACUAGAACUUGGGACAUGAAGCUUAUUGGGAAAUUAUAAUUUGUAGCAUUUGUUUCUGCAUAAAUUUCUCUUGUGCACUCUGUUUAUGAUUUCUCUUUUAGUUGUACAUCUAUACUUGUUUUUACAUAUUGGGUGUGAUUCCCACUGCAAUUAAAGCAUUUGAACUUUAAUUUUAAAAAGCAAGCAAUUUCCUUCAGCAGUUAGCAAUGCUGUCAGCUGUUUACAUACUACUUAUACUGCUUGCAGCAGCUGGAAACUAUAUUGCUCAAUAAAAGGUGCUCUAUAUUUCUUACUUCUAGAGAUUUCUGCAGGUUCUGUCUCAAAAACUCUGAAAAUGGAUGGAAAUUAAGAGAAGAUCAGGUCAUACUCCUAGUAAGAGCAAGUAUUGUGAUGCUCACUUCAUGCUCUUUUUCCUUUUGACUGAAUCAGACACCCAUGACACCAGCCCCAAAGGAAGGUAAAUUUGGUUGAGGUUCCUGUUCUGGGAGCUUCUUUUCUCCCCAAACAGAUCCUAGCUUAUGUUGGGAUCCUUAAGCAUUAUCUAGGACAGUGGACUGCUGCACCUCUGUGUAAUUUACACUUUAAAUCUGAAAUGAGCAGGUGAGUUGUGAGAAAGACCCAAAGACUUGCCAAUAAAUGUGGUUAAGAAAAAGGUUUCUGUCUGUCACUUUCUGUUUUAACAUUCUUUUUAAUCUUCUAUCUGUUCCGUUUAUAUUUUAAUGUUGACUAACUACUGAAUAAUCAUUUUUGGCACAGUCCUUCUUGUUAACAUUACUCAUGCACAUAUGGUGACUUCUCUUAGGUAAUGUGCAAAACCGCUGAUCUACUCGAGCUAGAUUGUUCGAGAUACAUUUGUAUAAGAGAACCCAAAGCUGAGCAUCUUGAUUCUCCUAAAAUAGCUACACAAGUGUGUAUUUCCUUGAAGCAUUUCAGAGCUGUUCCAUGGUAACAUAAUGUUGUUGCCAUUAUAGUUGCCAGCUUAACCCUAUUAAGAGUCUGGUCUCAAUGAUAGUUUUAGCUGGACAGAAGUGCUUAUAUAGUGAAAAGCAAUUAAAAUAAGACAGUAGACUGAAAAUCCAGCGGAUAUACUCUGCCCUUUCUAUGUUUCUAUUAGGAAAUUUUCCGAUAGAUCUUGUUAAUUUGGCCCCAACCCUCUGAUAGAUCUUGUUAAUUUGGCCCAAAAUAGGUCAAGGCCUAAUUUGAUUGGCAUUGUCAAAACAAAAGGCAUUUAUUUUCUGAACUGGGAUUUGCGAAGUAGUCAUCUGCUUCACUGCAUACUCUACUGCUUCUACUGCAUUUCUACUCUACUCAUUUCUACUGCAUUUGUGUGCUUGUGGCAUGGACUGUAUAUUUACAGUUAUCUGUGCACAUGGGAUAACUCCGUGCCAGACUGCUCUACAAGUUGAGACACGUAUAAGUUCUUUCCAUGUUAGUGGUGUUCUAGCACUCCAGAGAAUAGAAAUUGUAAUGUAGAAUGUGUACCACUUAAGUGUAGAACACACUCCCACACACACUCAUCGUAACAUUGUUGGCCAGUGUUUUAGGUUGUUAUUUUUUUAAUUGCUUGUGUGGCUUUUGGGGAACUGUACAAAGUGCACAUGAACUGGAGAACAAAUAGGCAUCUGCAUAGCGGUGUAUGAAAGGGCAGUCUUAGGAGUCUUGCUCAGUAAUGAGAGAUUUUUGUGGUUGUUACUGCUGCAUAACCGCUUAUAAAUUGAUGGGAGCAGAAAGAAGUAGGCUACUCAAAACAGAAUGGCUCUCUGACUUUCUUCUUCUUCUUACCUGGAAACUUGGAGGGAAGUCUUCCACAUUUUAAAAGCAUUUUGUCUUUACACUUAAUGUAGCUUAACAGAUGAAUUUGACAAGAAUAGAAAUUCUUUUAUCAGGAAAUGAAAACGGACCUGGAAUGGGAAACUGCAUGUGUUAGGAACAGAGAAAAGUCAGGUUUUUAUUUGAACAAGGCAAUCUUCAGUGUUGGAUUUAGCAUAAGAGAAGCCAAACCUGUUAUAUAGGAGCUGACGAAAGAUGGAUUGGAAAUCUGUCUCGCUUUGCGUCGGUUGAGCUAUCACACAGUAACUGACGAGUGUUUCAGGUUUAGUGUAGGAUGACUGCAUGAUGUUGUUUCUAGGGAAACUGGUGGUGGGAGCAUGUAAAAAGGUAAGAAAAUAUGUUCUCAGGACAAACGCUUAAAUGAGUUGGCUUAUGAGCUUUUUGUAUUUAUUGUUAUGCCUUUUCAGCUAUUUCUUCAGCCUCCAGAGCUUUUGGGUGAUGCACUGCAUUCUUCUGAACACUGUAUAUAUUAAAAGUGUAUUCUUAGAGCAUCUUCAGUGAAUGUCUUUAUAUCCAGAUAUUAUGAGGUAGAGAGUUAGGUGCUGAACUGUGUGGUAGCCAUGUUUACUGAUUAUACCAAAUUGUCCAGGGUGUUUAAAACAAAAAAGGGGUUACAGAGAACUCCCGAUAGGAUCGAUCCAAACUGGAUAAAUAGGCAGUGAGAUGGCAAGUUGAAUUCAUGGUUAGCAGAUAUAAAGUGAUGCACAUUAGGGCAAAAAUAAAUAAAUCUUAAUUUCAUAUUUAUGCUAAUGGAGUGACUGACCAGGAAUGAGACCUUGGAAUCAGAGUAUCAGUGAAGGUGCAAGCCCUGUGUGCAGCAGCUGUGAAAAAAGCAGGUGCUGUGCUAGAGAUCAUUAGGAAAGGGAUUCAAAAUUGCCAGUAUCAUAGUGGUAUUAUACAAAUCUGUGGGGAGACCACAUUUGAAAUAGUCUGUACACUUCUGGUCCCCUCAUCUCGAAAAGGAUAUUGUGAAGCUGGGAAGGGCAACCAAAUGGUCAAGGGGUUGGAGAUACUCCCUAUGGAAAAAGGUUAAAUAACGUUUUUAGUUUAAAGAAAAGAUAGAGUUGUAUAGAAUUAUGCAUGAUAUAGAGAAAGUGGAUGGAGAGGUUUUUCACCCUCAGGGGCAUCCAAUAAAGCUGAAUGUUGGAAGGUUUAGGAAAGACAAAAGGAAGUACAGGUCUUAUGUGAAAUUUGACUCCUUCAUUUCAUGUUUUACAGAAACCCAUUCUCUUUUUGGUAUUAUCUGUUACCUUUUAUGUUGCAAGUAGAACAAGAAAUGUUGCAUUUUAUAGAUGGACAUCUGUUUAGUAUAACAUAACUGAUUUUUGUAGAUCAGGAAUUGGUUGCACAGUACUGUAUAUGCCUUGUGGUCAGUAUGAAAUGUGAUACAUUGUUGAAGCUCCUGAGAGCCUCAGUUUGUUUUUUGCAACAAGUUGGUAACUUUCCUAAUUGCAUAGAAGAACUUGAAGUAUGAUAGUGUGCUGCAAAGGCUUAGGCACUAGGUUAGUAAAACGCUCCGGAUUUGUUUCCAAAUAGGCUUGAUUAUAUGGCCACCACUAUGCUUUUGUUUAUGAGAAAAGAGUUUUUGCAUGUUAGGAUUCUUUUCUGGGACUAUUACCAGCUGGUGAGCAUACAUUUUUUGUUGCUGAAUCUGAAUAAGUACACAUGGAACUUAACAAAAGCCACUCACCUCCCAUAGCAUCUCUUUCCAGAUUUCAGGAAUAAGCAAUUAACACAGUUAAUCUCAACACACGUAAUUAUUAUAAACUAUUUAAAGGAAUGUGCCUGGAAAAAUCAUUGGCUCCAGGUCCCCCUAAGCUUCUGAAUAACAGAUGACUUGCAUAGGAAUAUAAAAUUAGUUUUCAAUUUUCCGAUUGUUGAGUUUUAGUAUGAACCGAACAUUGUAGCCAUUCUUGGGUUAGGUGUACCAAUCAGUUUUUGUUUGUCAAGGUUAGAUUUCUGUUGCUCCUUAGCUACUCAAAUGUUUAUUUGCUUGCUUAAAGAAGCCUGAAUGGGUCUUAGGUGCAGUGUUCAGUGUCUUUGUUCAGAACCUUAGCUGCAAGUCUCUUGGAGUGCUGUGACAAGAUGCCCUUUUGAUUUGGUGUAUAUGUACCAAUGAGAUCUUUUUUUUGUAGUCAUGUUGCAACAUGCUCAUCUCUAGUCCAGGUAGCUAUCUGACAGGUGGUUGUAAUUUCAGCCGCUAUGCUAGAAUUUCUUAUCUCUUAAGUAAAUAAAAAAAGUUGUUAGAUAACAACAGGAUAUAUCUUAUGAUGCACAUUCUUUCCGUUUUAGUAAAAUAUUACAGCUUGGCUGAGUUUUUAUUAUAGUUGCUAAAGUGGUUUUAGCAUGUGUUAUUUUGCUGUCUGUGCAGCAGCUUUGUGGCAGCUUUUUGGGACUGGGAGGGCCCUUGUAGAAAGACAAACAACUAUUGUUCUAACUGGACCCUUUCACAGGACUAUGCAUUAUUGCUCUUCCUUCUUAUCUCACUAUCGGAGUAAGCAGGAAUGAUGUAUGUCUGCCACAAACAUAGCUACUUCUCUGAUGGGAAUUUUUUUGAAGAUCCAUGGUGUGCCAUUAGAACAUUUCUCCUGCAUUCCACGUUCCUGGUUGUAAACCCCAUAGAACUCUGUGAGACUGACUGGUUCAUUGGAUAGGAUUGGACUGUGAUUAGCUAAACAGAGCAAAAAAGUUAGGCAGUUCAAUUCUAAUUCCUAAAAUUAUUCCACAGCUAGAAAUUACAUGCUGAGGGUAUGAACUGUGUUGUGUAUGGGAUAAUCUCAAAUGGUUGAGGUGCUGCAAAGUGUCCAUGCUUUGUGCUGUCAGCUUACUUCAAAUGUGGAUACAGGAUAUCUGCUAUUUUUGUAAUUGUAAAGCCAGUGAGCAAUAAAUGCACCGUCUGACAAGUUUUAUGCCAACUUUAUAAAUAAGCCCACAAAAGUUACUAUCCUGUAAAAUGUUUAUUAGUCUGCUGUGGGCUGGCAAAGGGAAUUUUGGCCCCUCCUCCAGCAGUCCACUGCAUUUCUAGCCAGGGGGACAGAGUGCUGUAUAGAAAUUCUGUGUUUUUUUGUUAUAUGUGAUUUAUUGUCCCUCAGCCAUAUAUUCAAAUAACACACAACAGAACACACAUAUACACACCUCAGGAUACACUGCAAUAGGGGUGGAGGACUUGUAGCCUACAUGUCUGUCUUGAUCUGCCAGGGCCCACCUGUCAAUCCAUGUGAAGAACACACGGCAAAGCAGAACUCUUCACCUACCCCUGUGGGUCAACUUGCCAGGUAGGUAUGACUGCCCACGUUUUCAGUCACCCGGUGCCAUUGUGACAUCAGAUGAUUGACAGGUGGGUGACCUGCCUUUGCCUGUCAAAGUUGGCCUGUGUAAGGGGGAAGAGAUAAAAGGUUCCCCAGGCCUGCACUGCAGUGUUUUGCUGCAGGGCCACAUGUUUUGGUCUGACAACUGUGGCAGACCCUAAUCUCCAGAAACCACCCCAAUUCCUUCCAGAGUCCAGUUUAUUGGUCUGCUUAUUUUUAAUACUACCAUACACCAUAGCCUCAGGAGACUCUCAAAGCAGCUUGCAAAAGAUUUGCCCAGUGCUAUCACAUUUAAAAAGAAUUGCACACAUGGUCAGAAGAAUGGUGACAAGUUUAUUUAGACAACAUUUCCCCCCUCCUUGUUCAUCUUGGUAGGCCAUCUGGCCUUGUGUUACCAGGCAGCAGACUUGCUCAGACUCUCUGAGGUGAGUGAGGCUAAGCGCCUGCUCAGGCCAUGAUGAAGCCAAGUCUUUCCUUUGUUUGAUGGGAAAUGGAAAACUGAAGUAUUAAAUCUUUUUGCAAAUCUUGGUUGAGACAAGUACACUUUACAAAAGAUUAACCUAAUGUUAAGUUGUAUGUUAAAGACAUCUCUUGCAUAAUUUGUUUAUUUAGAUUAUUUAUACCUUGCUUUCUACAAAUCAGUUAAUCAUGACACAUGUCUUUACUUCUCUGUGUGUAUUUGCAUCAAGAAGCUGAAGUUGAAUUUAUGAUGCAGGAUGACAGGCCAAUAUUUUCUUAAUUUUGAAGUUUGACAUAGCAUUUCAGUAUCUAAUUCUUGCUAAUAUAAGUGGGUGGGAUGGUGCUGUGUUGGUCAUACAGUGGAAAGUGUGGCAGUUGGGAACAGCAAUGUAGACUAAGUUGCAUACAUAUAUCCUGAAUGCAUAUAUUCCUGCAAACCAAAAUGAGAUGAAAUGAAAUGAAAUGAUUAAGGCAAUCAAUUCUUUUGAGUGUGGGAUUGCCAUUUCACAGAUGAUUUUAUGUUCAACAUUUUGGCUUGAGUACUGAUACCUCCCUCCACCCCCCAAAAAAUCGAAUUGGAAACUUGUUCUUGAAACGAUUUGAUAUAUUCAGAUUUCUAGAUGCAGAUUUUUAGAUAUUAAGCAAAGAACUGACAGAGAGGACAUUUUUUGGGGGGGGGGGAAAUCCCUGUCUUGUCAGCUCUGUUAAAAGUAUUCUGCCCUUGGUACAAAUGUUCUAUUUUUAUACUGCAAUAUGUUUUCUAUGUUCAGACACCAUAAAAGGCUCAUUUUGAUGUCAAACUAAACCAUGGUUUAUCUUGAUGAAGAUGAGCUGCAAUGAGCCAAAAUCUUGUAUCCUCAUCCCCUCUUGCACUGUGGCCACAAGAAUCUUUUACUUCUGUUUCUGAUUAACAACCACUUGCUUCAUCUGAAUGCAAUGGACUGUGGUUUAAUUUUUGCUAUGGCUUGUUUGAAACAAGCGAACUUCAAGCCAUAAGUUAUGUAGCUGGCUUGUUCAACUAGCCAUAUUUAAUCUUAACUACGGUUUAGGCUUUGGAUGUAAAGCUAAACUGCAGUUUAAUCAAAAACAGAAGCAAAAGCUUCUAGUUUUCCACCCUGAGGGAGGAAGUGAAUGCACAUGUGUGAUGUUUGCUGUGGCUUGUUCCAUUAUAAUAAAGUAUGGUUUGUCAUGAUGUCUUAACCAGCAUGGAAUCCAAGAAUCUGGGCAUAGCUGUAGGCAAUUUGAAGAUUAAAGUAACUCCCCUUUAAUAUUUGCAUUAUAUUUGCAUUAUAUGUGCAAGAGCUCUUUGUUAUGCUCAUCAUUAGGCCUUUUUAAGCCGAGAAUAUAGUUUGAUAUAGCAGUUCGAAAGCACGUCAAAGUGCAAGUAGAUAAAUAGGUACCGCUCCCGCGGGAAGGUAAACGGCGUUUCCGUGUGCUGCUCUGGUUCGCCAUCUUAGUCAUGCUGGCUACAUGACCCGGAAGCUGUGCGCUGGCUCCCUUGGCCAAUAAAGCAAGAUGAGCGCCGCAACCCCAGAGUCAUUCGUGACUGGACCUAACGGUCAGGGGUCCCUUUACCUUUAUAGUUUGAUAUACAAUAAUGUAUGUGUUCAUGCUUUAACAUAGUUUUCACUGCAUUUUAUUCAUUCUUUUUUAAAAGUAUACUGUGUUAUGUUGUUGGCAGAGCUGGUGAUUAUUUGAAGGACUGGCAAAUGUAUCUCGAAGUGGAAAAUGGCAGUAUUCCAUCAACUUCGUUAGAGAACUAACUUAUCCAAACAGAGGUAAAGUGGAACACUAUAUGUGCUGUUAAAUGUUUCAUGUCAAUGAGGACAAGUUAAACAAUGAUGACUUGGUAACCCAUAGUUUAUUCUGGUGGUGUUAUGUGAUAGAUAUUCUCCAAUUUUCUUCUGGUUAACUUUGCCAGUGUUUACAAAGGACCAGUUCAUAUAUAUGGCUUGAUUUCUUCUCAUAUUAUUUGUCUCGCAGUUGAAUGUGUGAGCUUGAUUUCAUUGAAAUUGCUGAGUUUGAGUUGAGGUGCAGGUGAUUUUUAUCUAUUGGGUUGGGUCCAGAGUUCAGCACUUACAAUGGGACUGGUAUGAGCUCUGUUUGUGGUAGUUGCCUCUAUGUGAUUAUCCAGAACACCCUUUCUCACCACAUCACAGCCCAACUGGUACAGCCAAGUCACUUAACCCUUAGAUAAUUCCCAGGGGGAGGGGACUGCUCUGGGAAGGAGGUGAGAGAAGUCAGUUGCCAGACCCAUUUUGCACGCUUAACUCUAGAUUCAGCUCACAAUAUUAAUCUACACAGAAUCAAGUUGCCUCUUGAUGCUGCAGUCGAGUGAUGAACGUGCAUAUAUGGACCACUUUACAGCAUAGGAAAUAGGGGAUAGCUCAGCUAGUGGAAAUCUUAGUACAUGCCAAGGACGUAGAGAAAAGAGAGAAUAAGAGGAGAAGGGGAAGCUCACAGGACCACAGAGGUCACCCUUGGGAAGAAAUUCAGGGAAACAAAACCCCACGAAGAAUAAGGACACAAUGGAAAGGCUGCAUGGGCUCCACAUAUGAUGGUUCUAAAUCAGUGAGGUAACAGGAAGAGCCCAUGCAGUUCUUCAGUCAUGGCCAAUUGAGAAGCUUCUAACUAUUAUCUGGGUGAGGGGCUCAGAAAGGAAUUGGUUCCAUCUUGCCAAAACUUGCUAUCUUUGCAACCUAUUGUCUUAAAACUGACAUUGUUUUGAUAGCCUGUCUAUCCCUUGCUGUUUAGUUCUCUUCCCCCUCUCCCUUCCGCCCUGAUAUACAUUAUUCAGCCAAAGGGUCUGUAAAUGCAAAGAUAAAUUUUGCUGAAUUUCCAGUGUGAAUGUGGCAUACUACCAAGGAAGCAAUAACAUUAACACCUUGGCAAGAUAAAUCACAGAGGUUUCUUAUGAACCAGAAUUCUCUACAGUUCUUGACCUCUGCUUCUACUAUCCUCCUUCCCCCCUACAUAUAUAUUAAUUUAUAAAGGAAAUUCUUGUUUGUUUGUUUGUUUGUUUGUUUGUUUGUUUGUUUAAAAAAAACCAGUAAAAGCAGCAUUUGCCAUUAUAAUCACUCUAAUAUAGGAUCUCAAUUAUUUCUUUUCCCAGUCACUUAAUAGUUGAGUUAUCAUGGGAUUUCGCAUCCCAGACCUUGUGGCAUAAUUCUUCAAAGUAGUCUGCUGUUUUCGACUCAUUGUGAAAAGGCUUCUCCGAGCGCUUGCCUCUUGCAGGGGAUCAUCACAACUACACAGCAACAAAUGGGAAACUUUAGUUUUAUUACUAGUAAUAGUACUGAGUGUCAGGCUUAUUACAAAAAUAAACUGUUUGUGAAUGUGAAGAGCUGGUUUUAAGACUUGAAACAUUUAUUUCAUGUCUGUUAUUUGCUGAACAGAAGUUUCACAACUUCUCAGCAACAAAUACAGGAAAUAGGUAUGACAACUUUUUUUAAAAAAAACCUUCAAGAGGCUUUUGAAAACUGUUUUCGUUUGUUCCAUGGCCAGGAUUAUCAUUAGAGGAUGCUAUUGUUCCAAGAUACAGUUCAGCUUGUUCUGAUUCUCUUUUCUUUGUUCUCUUAUUUGGUAAGAGAACAAGCACAAGUUGUCUUGAAGAAGUAUCUCCUUUUCUUUUCUUUUCUUUUCUUUUCUUUUCUUUUCUUUUCUUUUCUUUUCUUUUCUCUUCUCACUCCACCCCCACCCUUCAGGCACUUAAAAGCGUAAUCACAUAUUAAUCAUUAGAAAGAAGGUGAAGCUUAAAAUAACAUGCAGUUUGCUUGAGAUAAAAUUGCACUAUGGGACAUUAGAAAUCUUUCUUAUUAGUAUACCUUGUAUACUGUGCACUGUGCUUCAUUGCUACUUUCCCUUUCAAAGGUGAAAAGGAGUAAAAGUUGUAAGAAAAUGCUUGGAUCAGAACGUGGGGUUGUAGAAGAAUGGCUUUCGGAAUUCAAGGUAAGCAAAUGUGUUUUUGUUUCUUUUUUAAAAAAAGUAGGAGUUCAAUAUGGGUAUGUCUUUAAGUUAACAUCUUAUAUUAAAAAGCUGACAGUACCUAACUACCGAAGGCUUUUCACCAAAGCCAGACUAAAUGUCUUUCCCUCUGCAGUGUUGGAUGGUAGGUUGAGAGGAGUUCCCUACCAGGACAGACUUUGCUCGUGUGCUCAAGACAUCGAUUCCAUAAAUCAUAUUUUGUUGCAUCGUGCAAAAUAUGAGCAGGCCAGAGCUGAUACUACCCUUGCUGGUACCUUUCUCGGGAAAAUCAGAGGCUCACUAUGUCAGGUUCCUACUGGAAGACCGGACAAAUGCUACAACGUUAGCAGUGGCAAAGUCUUUAUCGGUGGUUGCAAGAACAAAUGAGCCCUAUAUUCUAAACAAAAUGCUUGAUUAACCUGGAGGUAGGCUGUAUGAUUUGUGUAUUGGUUUGUAAUGAUUUGUUGGGUCUCUGGACCGCAAUAAAGAUUGAUUGAUCUUUCUUUUUUAUAUAAAGAAGGUUGAUAUGUGUUGCAACUUCCUAGUGUAGCUGCUGGAUGUAAGGUAGUAUUGGGGCCCCCAAAAACAUUUCUCCCUGCCACCUCAAUAGUCUGUUGCAGUCGUCUUCAACAUUGUCACAAACAGGGCCUACUUUUAACUGAAACACGUAUUCAGGGACCCAUUUCCUAAUCUCUUACCAUAUAUUUGCAUGGUGGUGAUGCAACCCACCUUGGAUUAGACCAUGACCCACUAGGGAGUGGGUCCUGACCUGCCAGUUGAAGACCAGUGGUCUGUGGAGUGCAUGGAGGAUCUAGGCCUGGAUUGCCUUAACAGGAUUGGGGCCAGUGCAUUUCUUUCUUUCUAGUCAGAGAGGCCAGUGUUUAUAAGCCACCCAUUCUUGACACUGCUGUAUUUCUUCUCCUAGGCAUUACCUGAAAUGCAAAUAUCCAGUUAUGCAGCAACACUUCACCGGAAGAAAGCAUUGGUUCCAGCUCUUUAUAAGGUCAUUCAAGAUCCAAAUAAUGAGGUAUGAGACAGCCAAAUUACCCUUAAUACAAAUAAUGUUGUUUUUAAGAGCUUUCUAAUUGCCGUUCCAUUACCUAACUAGUAUGAGCAAAACUCUGUUUCCAUCUUUUCUGCAUUAGUCUGCUUCAGUGGUCUUUGACAGUUACAGAAUGUUCUCCGAUUGAGCACAACCAAAUUCAGAGUAUUUUAUCGUAUUCGACAUUGCUGCAUUCCACAAAAGAGUUCUGUAAAAUAAUGGUUUCUUCUUAAACCAUUUUUAUGGACUGAUAAGUUAAUUAUUGGCAAAUUGUCAUUUUAGAACUGAUUAUUUGUACAGUGUUCCUUGGUAGACAAGAUUAAUAUAUAUAUAUUUAAUCUCUGGGGUGUCUGUGCUGGGGUUCUUUGUCUCCUAUAGCUUCUGGAGCCUGUCUGCCACCAGCUCUUUGAACUCUAUCGUAGUUCUGAGGUUCGUCUCAAACGGUUUACGCUGCAGUUCUUGCCAGAACUAAUCUGGGUUUAUCUGCGUCUUACUGCCAGCAAAGACAGACAGAGUAACGGUUGCAUUGAAGCCCUGCUUUUGGGGAUUUACAACUUGGUAAGUAAGACUGAUGAGAAAAUGGUUGAAAAGUGCUUUGAAUUUUUCCAUCAGUAUAGAGUAAAACAAAAUCAAGACACCACUCUUUCACGACAGGCUAUAAAGUUUCCAAAACACCUUGGACUAUUUUUAUAAGAUCAACUCUUAUUAAAAAUUAGGGAGUGACUUCCCCCACCCCAAAUUUUUGGAUAAUGCUUUAAAGGAGUGCAUAUCCACCUUCUGUUUUGAAGUUUAGUUCAGACCUAGACAGGAUGAUUCUGGUUAGUACAACUGCUGAUGUAGGAAAAGGAGUUCUCAUUUCCUUGGAUUGGGUUGCAUUCCCUUGAAAUUUUUAAUAGACUAUUUUGACCCUUUUACAACCUCUAAAGCAGCUCUGUAUGCUUUAGCUGCAAGGAAACUCCAGUUGAAAGAAAUGGAAAGGAUCAGAGCAGUUAGUGUAAGGAAUUCUUAAACAAAUAAUAGGCAUUUUAAGGAUUUUAUUGUAAUCAGAAAAUGUUUUAUUAUAAUCUUUCUAAUGGGGAUUUUAUAUGGAAACCUCUCUGAAAGUUGUCAGGGCAAACAACUACGGUGGAUGAUUUCUUGAAAGCAAGGAACUGCUUUUGGAAAGUUCAGCUGACAAAUAAUGUUUUCACCACAGUCUAUUCUUUUUGUAACAGCCUCACUUGUUUCUGUUCCAUUUGCUAGUCAUUGGCUUUAUAGCCCUAGAUACUUAAGAUGUCCUAGUACCAAGGUAUCAUCCCAUCUCAUAUAUGAGCUUGCCUUCUUAAUGGGAUCAGUUGCAGAGGCUUUCCUUUGCACCUCACCAAUAUCAGAGGUGUGUGAUGGGAACAUAGUGCUCAUGUCUAGUUUUGGGGUCCUGCCUCAUCCCCUUUCUGACAGAUCAACAUCUCAUGAAUAACAUUCAUUUCUGGCAUGUAUUUAGCUUGCCAAGCUGAUGGUGCUUUCAUUGGCUUUCCAGAGGAUUGGUUUUUAAUGUGACUUUGUCUAACAGAUUGGCCAGUUCCGUCUUCUGGAUGGGGUUGCACUCUCUGAAGGUACAAGUUUGUAGUCUGGAAGUGCUCUUGGAUCCAUCUCUGACCCUUUAGGCUCAGUGGGCUUCAGUGGCUAGGAGUUCCUUUUUCCAGUUACAUCUAGAGAAGGAUAGCAUGUCCACAGUAAUUCAUACACUGGUACCUUCAAGACUUGCAAUGCGCUCAAUGUGGAGCUAUCUUUGGGCCUAGUUUGGAGGCUCCACCUGGUACAGAAUGUUGUGGCCAGAUUUUGGUGGGGACAGACCUACCCCCAGCGCUUGUACCAGUGCUUGAAAAUUUGUACUGGCUGCCCACGUUCUACGCAACAAUGUUCAGCGUUCUUGUAUAGAUUUACAAGACCCUUAACUCCUUCCCAGCUGAGAUUAGACAGGGACCUGACAAAGACUUUUCUAUUCCAACAGCCCUUUUCAGGAAGUUCUCUGUUUUGUGAUUAACUUUAAUUGAUUUUAGCCAUGGUAUGCUUCGAAUUUUUUCGUGUAUAACACUUUGACAUUCCAGUGACUAAGCAAUAUUUAAAUAGAUCAGAUAACUAAAUUACACUUAAUCUAAAAAAAUUACACCCUGUCAGAGCAGCUUACAGUUGGACAGUCUUACAGUCUAAACAGAUGUGACACGCAAGGAAAAAAGAGUUGGAGGGAGGAGAGGAGAAGCAAGCUCAGUCACUAGUUUUUUAAUCACACUAUAUAUUUCUUUUUACAUAGAAUUUGUCUUUCUAGUGGAGCAACUCUUCCCUGGAAAAACUCCCCCCACCCAGCACUGUUCAUUAGAUCUGGGAGCAGAGCAGGUGACAGUAUCUGGGCCAAGAAGGAAGGGUGCUCCUUGAGUACUUUUAUCUAUUGUUCCCUGCUGUCUGCUUUUAAAAGCUUAAUUGCUUGUUCUCCCAUUUUAAUGUUUUUAAUAUUUGUUGUAAGCUGCCCUGACUAAAUGGGAAGGUGGGGUAUAAAUAUUAACCAGUAAACAACAUAGGACUUGCAGAACUAUUGAGCAAAGGCUUACAACGACUAACAGUAAAAUUGUUGAAAACGGGCUGCCACAAUUUUUGCCUGGAUAUGUAGCCCAAACAGGGCCUCCAUAUAGGCCUGGUUUUUCACUUGAAAGGCCACAUUGCACAUUAGCAACCUUGGCUAAUGACAUGUACAUUUGUUAACAAGGCAUUCUGAUUCAAGGUAACUUGGUUUUCCGAUAUCUUUCUUUUCAUUGCAGGAAAUUGCUGACAAAGAUGGGAACAAUAAAGUUUUAUCUUUCACCAUCCCUUCCUUAUCCAAGCCAUCAAUUUACCAUGAGGUAAGUGUGUGCUUGUGCUGCCAGGCAGUUGUAAUUGUUUAGGCAUUUCAUUCUAAGAGAACUCCAAAAAGUAAAUCUUAAAGCUAAAAAGUAAAUCUUAAAGCACCUUCUACACUUCUUGGUAUAUUGCAAUAGGAUGAUCCUUUUAAAUGCCACCACCCUAUGUUUUCUCUCCUUCCUGAACAUCUGUGGUGCCUUGAAGUUUAAUGUUUUAUUUCUCCGCAGCCAUCUACUAUUGGAUCCAUGGCUUUGACUGAGGGAGCCCUAUGUCAGCAUGACCUCAUCAAAGUGGUUUAUAGCGACCUUCACCCUCAAAGAGAAACAUUCACUGCGCAGAACAGGUAAGCAGUUGAUUCACCAGAGGGUUCACUACCAGUCUGUCAGCAUCUUUGUAAGAUAUGAAGAGAAGUUUGCUUCCAGGUUUUGCAGUCUGAGAUAGUUAAGCAGAGUAGAAACUGUUCUAUAUCUCUGGACAAUGGGCAUGUUCUAUUGCAGGGGCGAGGGAACCUUUUCUGACUGGCAGGCUGGAUCCUAAUGUCACCUACCCACUUCAACGUGGUGGUGCACCCACCUGUCAAUCCCCUGAAGUCAUCAUGGCAUCAGGUGACAAAUUCAAAAGGGCUUGCGGCCAGCGCUGAUUGGUACCGAAAGCAAGUCCCUUUGAAGGUGUGCUUUAAACGCCUAUCAGCUGAUUAGGACUGACAGCUUGCCUUCAGAGGGGCUCACUGUGAGCCCUGCUUUGUCUAUUAUUUGCCAGUGCAGUUUGAAUUGAAAUCGAUUGAAAUGGACAAAGCGGGCUUGUAGCAAGCCCUUGAAAGUGUGCUGUCAGUUGUGGUGAGGGACUCCCUAGUUUGGCCUGUCCCAUUGAGACUUGCUGUCAGCACCAAUCAGAAGCUAUCAGAAGUGCACUUCUAUUUCCCAGUUGUUCAUUUGAUGCCUUUAUAGAUGUGUUGGCAGCUGGUGGGUGUGGUUUGGGGGGAAAAUCCAUGUGGGCCAAAUUAGAUGGGUUGCCAUUUCUCCCUGCCUGUUCUAAUGGGUGUCUUAUAAUACACAAUUUCUUCUGAAUGCUUUUAUUUAAUUGAUAUUAGACUGUGCCCCAUGCCUUUGUAGAAGUUUGUGUAAUUGUUAAACUUUAAUAUACAGUGGUACCUUGGGUUAUGAACUUAAUUCGUUCCGGAAGUCUGCUCUUAACAGAAACCGUUCUUAACCUGAGGCGCGCUUUCACUAAUGGGACCUCCCGCUGCUGCUGCGCCAUCAGCGCGCAAUUUCCGUUCUCAUCCUGGGGCAAAGUUUGCAACCCAGAGCAACUACUUCCGGGUUAACGGAGUUUGUAACCUGGAGCGUUUGUAACCCGAGGUACCGCUGUAUUUGAUUUGUGGCCACUUGUGAGGCAUCCUUAUUCUUGAAUAGCAUUCUUUCCGUUUUAGACCUGGCAAACCUUAGUAAUUCAUGACCUGAAUGCAAACUUUCUAGCACAUCUGUGGCUUCUAGUUCUACUUUGGGUGCUCUGUGUAAAGGAACUGAAGAAUCUGGUUGCCUCUCUUAGCUUAACAUUUUUGCUGUAUGAGAAUCAAUUAUGCCAUUGAGCUUUUUAAGCCUUGCAACACUUCUAUGCCAAACCCCAAAAGAAUGAAGUCAAAGAGGUGUACUCUCAGGUAAUAUUCUCCUGUUAGAGAGUUCUGUUAAUGGGUCUAUUUUUUAAGAGGUGAGACUGCUGUUUUCAGUCUCAUGUUCAUCUUUUCUGUGUUUAGGUUUGAGGUGCUGAGUUUUCUUAUGCUGUGUUACAACUCUGCGAUCGUCUAUAUGCCUGCCUCUUCCUAUCAGUCACUUUGCAGGAUGGGUUCCAGGUGAGAAUCAUACACUUGACAUCGUUGAGAAAAAUGUUUUCUCCCAGUUUUGUUUGUUUAAAAAACAGUUAUGCAAAGAGAAAAAAGGUUAAAGUCUCACAUGUUAUUACCAUUACAUUUGACUUAAAAUUUAAAGUCCUAGAUCUGUUUCUUACAGGAUUAGCAAUCUGUGACCCUAUUUUGCGUGUGAUAACUUAAUGUGGUGUAUUCUUUUUUUAUGAGAGGCUUGGAAAUGGGAUGAGAUCACAUUUUUUUCUAAACAUACUUUGAGAACCCUGUUUUUACUAGGUAUUCAAAAGUAGAUUUUGGAGCAUCCAGGUUUCCCUGCAGCAGUUCCCAGGCUCUGAGCCUUCUUCCCUUGGGGGUUCCCCAGCUGGUUCCUCCCACUAUCAUUACACUGCAUCCAACCAAUCCAUGACUGUUAGAUAUGUCUGAAGGGUGCAUUUGUCCUCUAAGGGUAUAGCAUAUACGAAACAAGUUGCUACUUUAAGAAAUGUAUGGGCUUAGAGAAAUGAUGUCAUUGGCACUCAUUUUAUCCCUCUUAGGAUCCUUUUAGUGAGAAAGGGGCACCCAUGCUGCAUAAAGGAUCCUCAUAGGAGAGCAUGGAUUUGGAUUCCAUGGUCUCCCAUCAGAUCCCUUUAGGUUCCAUUUCUGUUAAAAUUGAUCAUUUUGAUUGAUACGAGGUCUUGGAUUUGACUGGAUGACAAAUUUCCAGUGCUGGGCCUGAAAACAUCUGGCACGUCAUAGGUUCCCCACCCUUGACUUAGAGCAAUAAAGUAAGAAUGUCGAUUAGAAGGGGAUUGGCAAUUUCCUUGUUCCUCAUUCAGGUGUUUCCCAGGAACAGAAACUGGGUUGACCUUGUGUUAUGAUUAGAGAGGUAUUGGUUUUUCUGAUCUCCAGCUUCCCAAGUGUCAUUAUGUAUUACAUUUUCUUGAUUUUUUCCCCAUAAAAAAAAUCUUACCCAGCGAUAGGGGGGAAAUUAUGGAUUCCACCCAUCACCCUUCCAUUUUAGUCAAGUAGCUUUUUGGGGGGGGAGAGCUAGAACUAGAAUUGAUUAUGCACAAUAUGUAAUUGACAGUAUGAAAACUUGUUUACUCAAAAUGUUCGUUAGAUCAGGAUUUCAUAAAUGCUCUUAAUGUUUUGCCAGACUCUGUGUGAGUGGGUUUCCACGGCAACAUGAGAAAUGCUGGAAGGAAGAUUGUGGCCGAGUGGUACUGGAUCCUGACUUCAUGGUGCAGCUGCUCACUGGUGUCUAUUAUGCUAUGUAAGUAUUCAAGGUCUGGACAAGGAAGAGCUCUCUAUUUUUAGCUGGAUCAGAAUAUAUUUACUUUUUUCCUGUCAUCUAGCUGCUGAGGCACUGAGUACUUCUUUAUUACCUAUUUUUUCCCUAAGACUGGCCAUUUUAGUUAGUUAGCAUCUUGUAAAUACCUUAUCAGCCUAGCAGAGCAAUCAUAUGCAUGUCUACUCAUAAGACAGACCCAUAGUAUUCAAUGGGAUUUACUUUCAGGUAAGUGUGCAUAGGAUUGCUAUCAGCUUUAGACCCUGAGGUUUAGCACUUCUGGCUUGCUUUAGAUGCAUUGUGGCAGUAUAACUUUAAAAAAGUUUUUUUUAACCACUUUGCUUAAUUGUAUAUGUAAAAACUAUUGAAAGGAGAUGUGUUUGCCUAAAUACGCUCCGUUACUGUACUUAAUACACAGGUCUCCAUUGCUCUUUAUGAAGCGAUAUAAAUGGGAUUAUUUUCCACAUUUGUUUUAAAGGUAUUUUUAACUAUAGGAAACUUCCACUUUGUUACAAGUGCUAAGGACACUCUCCUGAUUGGGGGAAGUGCAGGUAGAAUGAAUUUGUCAAUAAUAUGUAUAGUUUUUAAUAAGCUAGUUGCUGGAAUAAAUUAAUUACAGCAACACAAAAAGAGGGCUGUAUUUGGAAGGGAAGUGAUAGGCGGAAAAGCUCACAUUCAGAAAAAAUAAUGAAUCAUCUUGUUUCCUUUUUAUCCAUAUGUAGUUAUAAUGGACAGUGGGAAGUUGGCCAAGAAGCACUAGAUGACAUAAUUUACAGAGCCCAGCUUGAACUUUUUUCUCAGCCACUGUUGGUAAGGAAAAAGUAACUGCAAUCCAUUGAUAUCAUUAAUAUGUGUACAUAUGUGUGACAUGCUCAAACCCUUUCAAACAUAGCUUAAUCUUUUUUCUAGUGGUCUGUGUGGUAGGGACACGGGUGGUGCUGUAGUCUAAACCACUGAGCCUCUUGGGCUUGCCAAUCGGAAGGUCAGUGGUUUGAAUCUGUGUGGCAGGGUGCGCUCCCGUUGCUUUGUCCCAGCUUCUGCCAACCUAGCAGUUUGAAAGCAUACCAGUGCAAGUAGAUGAAUAGGUACCACUGCGGCAGGAAGGUAAAUGGCGUGUCUGUGCACUCUAGCAUUCGUCAUGGUGUCCUGUUGUGCCAGAAGCGGUUUAGUCAUGCUGGCCGCAUGACCCGGAAAGCUGUCUGUGGACAAAUACCGGCUCCCUUGGCCUGAAAAGCGAAAUGAGCGCCAUACCCCACAGUCACCUUUGACUGGUCCAGGGAUCCUUUACCUUGCCUUACUUGUAGUGGUCUCAUGAGAAACAGUGGUGCUUUGGGGUUCUGACUGUGCCAUGGAGCUGUAGGUAUUAAGCCUUCCCAAGCAGGGCUGAGAACCAAAGAGUUGCUCGGCUUCAUGUACAGCGGCAUUCAGCAAAAUGCUAAUUGACUGGGGGAAGAGUGGAGGUGGAUCAGUGACUGGUGUUCUCCCAGCAUGCUUGACCAAAGAACUCCUUUGUGAAUCAUGCAAAUGUGCACUUUGGCUAUGCCGUAGUGGGCAUAGCCAACCUAAUAGCAACCUAUUUUGGCCUAAGGAGUGGCCAACCCUCUGGUGGCAGCAUGCCAUGCCCACUGCCAUGUGCAAAUGUACAUGCAUUAUGCACACAGGUGCAUAGUCUCCCCUUCUCAGUUGAUCUGGAGGUUAGCAUCCCCUCCCUGCUCAUCAAGUGAUCAGUCUGAUAACCAUCUCCACUCAGAUUCUGAGCUAGAUGUUUAAAUAUCUUCGUUCACCCCAACGUUGUUUUCCUUCACAUUUCUGUUUCCUUUUUUCCUGCUGGUAGAGUCUUGGGGACCAUAAUAAAAUAAAAAUCUUCUGGUGACAGAUCAAGGCCCCUGGCCAGACAGAGGUUAACCAGCCUGUAGUAUGUCUCAUUGUCACAUCACACGUUUGUGAUGGGCAGAACCAUGAUCUCAUAUCACGAGGUUCAUAUGAGGGAGACCUAGAAUGAAUGUUCUUGCACACACAUUGUGUUUGUAUUUGGAGCCUGUGUCUUAGUAAAACGAAAUAAAGCCCAAUGCUUUCACGUUGCCAUUUUUUAAUUCAGCUUUCCUGAAAUCUGUUCAUUCCAACCCAAGAGAUUUGUGCCAGUGGGUUUCUUGUACAGCCAUAGUACAGAUAGUAUUUUUCCACUUCUCCUAGCUCUCAUGUUUUCAAAAUGAGUUUGCCGUGCAGCAUAAGGGGCUGCUAUUUAAGGAAAACAAGACUAAAGCAACUGUGGAUCUGUAGUUAAUUUGAUGACUCCUUGAACUCCCCAACCUAGUCCCCGCCAUGUCCUGUUAGACUAUAACUCCCAACAUUCUUGAGCACUGGCCAUGCAGAAUAGGAAUCAUGGGAGUUAUAGUCCAAAGCACCUGCAAAGGCUGGAGAAGGCUGUUCUAGUCAGUUAACGGUAUAUUAACUUGUGUUGGCAGUAGCUGAAAAAAUAGAACUCCAAAAGAUUAGAUAUUGGAAUGGUAAGCAACAGUUUAUAUCUUUCGUCAUUCCACCUUGUCUUGUUUUCUCCUUUUGAUGUAAUUUCUGCUUCAGUUCCCAAUCAUGCUAUAAAGUUCUAUUUCCCCCCUCCUGGUUUUUAUAUAUGUGACUCUGUAUAUUAAUUGAUUGGACUAAGGAAUGGUCUCUCCGCGUAUAUCCUUUGGCAGAUGACAUAUGAAUAUUGAACAAUAAAAACUGCAGAAGUACUUGGCCUCAACUAGACAUAAAUAAAAAUAAAAUUGAUAACGAAACAAGAGACCUGCACCAUUGUCUGUGAAUGUAGAAAAAGAACAUAACAACAGCAACAACAAUUUCUUUAUAUACUACCCAUCUGACUGGGUUGCCCCAGCCACUCUGGGCAGCUUCUGACAAAUUAAAACACAGUAAGACACCCAACAUUAAGAACUCCCCUAUACAGGGCUGCCUUCAGACAAAUGACAUUCACAGAGAAUUGGGCCAUGGGGCAACAGAUUUGAGCCAGGGCUGUUUGUUGCUGAUUUCUGUAAAGAUUAGAGGCAGAGAGCCAGUUCAGGAUGUACUUCCUAAAAGGUAAAUGUGGUAAUAUUGAAGUCUGAUACUCAUGCAGCAGUCUAAAAACUAACUCAAAUAAAUGUGUGUGUAUGUUUUAUAGCAUUUAAGUACUAGCCAGUUUGCAGCGGAGUACUGUGGGUUCAUUUAUAGGCAGAAAAGAAAUGCAAUUUUCAUCUUUUGAAUAGAUUUGAUUACAUAGCUCAUUUGAUGAAAGUUAUUGGCUGGAACAUUUAAUUGCAUGCUUCUGAACACCAUAAUGCCUCUUACCUGGUGAAUUAUUGGAACCAUGAUUUCAUUUAGGGGAUGACUAAAUGGACUACUAGAUUGAAAAUUCAACUGAAAAAUUUAACCUACUGCUGGCCUGUUUCUGAGACCAGUUAUGCUAUAAAACUUGUAGGUGGAUUUAUAUUUGAAUUCAGCUUUUGUUUCUGACUAAACAAUGAGCCCAACAGAAAAGUAACUUGUGCAGUUCUCGAUUGAUUUGUCUCAUUUAAUAAUAAUACUACUAAUAAUAGGAGUAAUGCCAUCCUCAUUUCAAACACUUGUCAGUUUUCUCCUAAACUAAUUUAUUACGGAAUUUUCUUUUCUUUUAGAACUGUCUUCCUUCUGUGGUUUUCUCUUAUUUAAGAAAUAGAUUUGAGUGUCCUGGGAUGGCAGUUAAAUUUAUAUAAUGCUCUUGGCUCCUUUUCCAGUUUGUUCUGGUUUUUCUUUUGGGUGUUAAUCCACUUGUUAAGAGCAAAUUUGUACAGCGUUUUACUGUUGCCGUAGGUUGCAAAUGCUAUGAAGAAUUCGUUGCCCUUUGAUGCUCCUGAUGCAUCGCAAGGAGGACAGAAGGUGUUGAAGGUGGAGGUUACUCCAACUGUGCCGAGGAUUUCUCGGACAGCCAUUACAACAGCUUCAAUCCGCCGACAUCGCUGGAGAAGAGAAGGUAAUUCUUUACGGUGUUAAGCUGUUAAUGUAGCAUAGCAUUAUUCACCUCCAUUGCUACAAACUGGUCUCUGAGCGUGAAUGUUAACAUUGGUUUCUGCAGUAUACAUAGUUGUGAUCAAUUUCUGUCCACUGCAUGUGUAAACAUGUAAUCAUGAUAUCCUGUAAGGAGGUCAGUAUCCUUACUUUAUGUUCUGGGGAACCUAGAAGGGUUGUAAGUGAUUUAAGUGGUAUCCUAUGGUACAGUUUGUUUGUUUUUGCGGGGCUAGAACAUAAUGAAGUUCUGACAUCCUUUUCCAUAUUUUGUUAGUUGGAUCAUAUAUCUAAAACUGUUUUAAAACAUACUCCUGUGGCUUGAAAAUAUGCCCAUUUGCAGUUUGUAGUAUGCAGCCACAUAGUAUCUCUGAAAAUUUGGAAUUUUGAAUGUUUCAAAAUCCAGGAGUGCAGUUUUGGAAUGUAAACAACUUUGAAAAAAGGGAAGCAAUGUCAAAAUAAUAAUACAGCUUGGACUGAGAGGAUUCGUAACUAUAAAACUAAUAUGGUUUUCAUUGACAAAAUUUAUGACUGGCAUUUAAGAAAUACUAAGAAGCUUAGCUAGAACUUUCACCAAGUUUACAUAAUAUGUACUGUCCCCAGAACUAUAUUUUCAGGCCCCAAAUUUGAAAAAACAAAACAAACACCUUAUUGGUGAAUGUCAGUUUGUGUGUUGAGCCAAUUUUGGACUUUUCUCAUUAUUUUUAAUGAUGAGCAGCUUUCUAAAACAAACAAGAAGUUGAAAUUUAAAAAAUAUCUAUUAUAAUUACUUUUCAUGCAAGCAGGGCAUUAUGUUUAUUUUAGAAUUGUGUUUAUUUUUGAAUUACAUUACUUUUAAUGCUUUUAUUGCUACAUAUAUUAGAGUAGAAAAGCAUAAUAGGCAAACUUUAAAAAUGGAAUUCUUCUCUCCAUUAAGCUUCCUUCUGCUGAUACUCUGGUGUUUCUUUCUAUUCUGGUUUCCUGACCCUAAAACCAGUAUUACCAUUUCGCAAAUCCUUGGUCAUGUGUGUCCUUAUCAUUGAUAUGUUGUAUGCUGGUCUCUUUGUCUACAGCACGUCUGUUUAUAUGGUGUCCAGCUGCUCUCUGCCUAGUAAAGUGCAGAUAGCAUUAUUGUUGUGUUCCAUGUCUAUGCAAAACCUUCGUUUCCCUGCCUGGGGUGGAAUGUUUAGGGAAAGAGUAGAAAAGCACUAAAAUAUUAUAUGUUGAAUCCCAGAUGGCUUUGACUUCUCAAGCGAUGCUGACUUGAGCAUUCCCGGAUCUCCGAUCCUACACGGCUCCACAGACCUAGGGAUCAAACGCAAGCAAGAGGGGGACGUGCUGGUGCUCAGGACCCCUGAGCAUGGCUCACCGGAGCCCAACCUGGCAACAGCCACAACAGAGGGUAGGACAGAGAUAAGGCAGAAGUCAGUAAGGCAGUUGCUGGAGGAGGAUCCUUGCUCCUUAUCCCCAAGCAGAAAUCCUUUUCAUUCUGGAGUGUGUUUCCACUAUCCCAAGGUGUAUUCUCUUCCGCUUCUAACACACAUAUCCCUUUUAUGCUUAGCACCAGGUUUGGAACUAACUUUUCUAGUACUAUGCAACUCAAACCUCUUUGUGACACUUAGCUUGGCAUGGCUAAAAUAAGGCAAAGCGCCACACACGAUAACUUUGGGAUUGCUUGGAAACACCCUGUUACUGAGCAUGUUAACUCAAUAAUACUAAACAGAAUAAUCAGAAUAAGUGAAUGCACCAAUUAAACAGGCCAAAAUCAUUUUGUAAAUCUGGAAUCCAUUUAGGGUAUGCAAUUUUUAUUUUACCCCGAUUUCAGUUAAGAAAAUAUUUAAUUAAACAAAUUUCUAAAGUUUUUUUUCCUCGUCAAGCAUCUUUUGCAUAACACUUCACUUGCUGUGUUUCCAAUUUGCUUGAUUGUUUUAAUCUUCUGGUCAUGAGAACUGUGUGAGCGACCAUCUGUGUCCUAAAACUGAAUUAAAUUCUAGUUAUGAGAUUGUGUCUCAUACCAGGUUGUCCUGGUAGGUGCAGCCUAAUCUUUGUGAAAAACAUAGCCUAAUACAGUGGUAUCCUUCAGGCCAUUAGUGCCUUUUUAUUUAGACAAAAUAUUAUCUUGUCCUCUUGAAGGAAGAGAUUCUCUUUUUAUGUAGUUGAUAUGAUCAGUCUACAGUCCCUUUGGUCCUGAUGGAGGGAUGCUUAAUUUGCUGUACAGUUAUAUGAAUAUAUUUUGCUAUUCCUCAGGUCCAGUGAACCUGUUUCUGUGAAGACCCCUUUCUAUAUCUGGUGCAGCCUUUUUGGCAUGGCUGAUGACUCAAGUCAUAUCUUUUGUGACAUUGUACUUGCAGGCUAUGUACUGCACAUGCGUUGCAGUUGCCGUAAGGAAGGUUAACAUUCAAAAUGCUUCUAGAGUUAAUGUUUUGUUGCAUCAAAUGUAAAGGAGAGGCAAGCCUUAGGCAUCAGUAGAAAAUUAUAGAAGUGUUAAGCAAUUUUAGAAUUAGCUCAUGGUGCAGAAUGAGUUUGAGCAUGCUCAGUAAAUAAGAGCCUCAACCUUUCUCCAUUUGUCCCAACUGGUCUGUUUUUCCCCUGUUGUACUAACUAAAACAUUGCAUGUGCAUGGCCAGAAGGAUGCUGAGAAAUCCUCACAUGCUGAGUAUCUUCUUUUGAAAAAUGGUCGCUAAGUAUGUGGCACUCACAUUUUAAAAAAAACACGUCUUAUUUUUAAAGACCUUCAGUGUUAUACCACGUGACUUGUUAUUUGGAGUGUGCAUCACCCUAUCACGGUUAAUGGCAAAUGGAGGGAAGAAUAUGGGAGCAUGGCUCCAAGCAGAGAAAACUUGAGGUUGACUUUUUCUUCAGGCUGAGCAAAGCUGUUUUUGCAGUGAUGUUCUGGGGUGAAAAGUGUGAUGCAGGUUUGGGCUUGGGUAAAAAAUAAAUAAAUCCUGUUUGUAAUGUGAGUUUUCAUUUUUGUAGUUUUUAUUGGUGAUGUUGGUCUUGCAAAAAGUACAACUAGUAAAUACUGUUUCUUGGCUAUGCUAAUUUCUAAUAUUCCACGUUUUUAAUUACAAAGAAUUGUAGGUGGAAGACUUGGGUUUCUGUGAACUAAAGCUAUGUCAGUUUUCAUAUACAGUGGUACCUUGGUUUUCAAACGUCUCCAUUUCGGUUUUUGAACGCCGUAAACCUGGAAGCAAAUGCUUCGGAAGUUGAAUAUGCCAUGAACCUUCUGCUGAGCACAAGAUCCUGAGGCCUAGCUGUCGGCUAUUGAGUUUCCGGUUUUUGAAUGUUUCAGAACUCAAACGAUAUUCUGGCACAGAUUACGUUUGAAAACCGAGGUACCACUGUACUGCAGGUUAACAAGAAGAGGAAUAGAAAUGUCUGUAUGGAAAGGUGUGAUAUUGACAGCAGGUUUUGGUUAGUGGACAAAAAAGCCAGAAGGUGAUAGUGUGGAGAGUCAAAAAUAAAAAUAUUUCAGUAUGACAAAAACUGGCCCCCGCUACAUGCUUCUGAUUUUUUUGUUUUAUCGUUGUGACAAACAUUUUGCUGCCCAUCUAGGCUUUGUUAAAUAACUUUUGUUUUUCAUUUUCUGUGGGAGAAGAAAGCUGUGCAUUUCCCUUGGCUUCCUUGUUUUGAUUGAGGCCAGAAAGGAAGUAGGAGGGUGGAUAUUGAAUAGUAACUUAGUUAAGCAAAUUGCUCAGAAACCUCACUGGAGUGUCUGGGUUCUGGCUUGAAAGGUACCCCCCUGCACGUUGUCUUGUCUGUUUUUCACUCUUGAGCACUGCUGAGCUGCUUGGGCCUCUGCAUGGUGGUAGCCUCCCAAAAGCUGCCACCGAGCCUCUCUUGACUCUUUUCUCCCAGCGGAAUGGAUACUUCACGGUCUUAAUUCCUCAAUUAUUGUUGCAGGUCUGCCAUCUUGCAGGUUCAAACCAUAUAAUUUUGAGUACAUUGCAAAAUUAUCACGAGACUUCAGUUGCACUCAUGGAGAACUUCGGCCAUGUAGUUCUGGAGCUUCUCCAUGCAACUUUCACCAUAUCCAUUAGAACAAGAAAGGCUCAAGAGAGGUGGUGUUGGUGGCAGCUGCUGCUGUUCAACCAAAUGCACUGUCAUCUGGCUUUGCAUGAUGAUCUCAAAGAAUGUAAAUGUUGCAUCUGAUAAAGGGGUGCUUUUGUUUUCAGGGUGUUCUGUUCUAGGUAUGUAUUAAAUGGCUUUUGUAAAUAAUACCAUGUGCAGAGUGACUCGUUUUCUUUAAAUGUCCUCUUUGAUAUAUGGGAAGCAUUGUAUGGAAAAGUGUGACAGGCUGCUUUCUAAUUUUGUUGCGUUUUGCAGGGCAAUGUUAUGUCAAUAUUUAUAAAGACGAGUUGAAUAAAUUCUGCUUAGAAAAGAACAGAAAAUACCCCUUCAGUGUGUAAAAUGUUGUGUGUUCCUUGACAGUUGAAUUUAAUACUAGAUUUAAAAAUCUUCCAAUAUGGUAAUCUUACCAAGGAGAAGAGAUGAAAGACAGGAUAUAUUAGGAACCACUUGAUAAAACUGAGGAGUGUUGCAUAAUUAUGAAAAUUGAGUUAGGGCAGUGAUUUCCAGUUAGUGGAAGCUACAACAUCAGCUACAGAAGGAUACUACAGUAUGGAUGAUGCAGGAAUGCUCCCAAAGGUGGCAGUUCUUCUUAUUACCCACCUAGAUGGAGAUGAGGCUUGAGAUGCUUCCAUGUGGCGCUAAUUCCACACUUAUAGCACUGACAGUUGAAAACUGCUCACCAUGUGGAUUGUCUCAAAUGGAGGUUUCAUGCCAGUGUUUCAUGUUUCCAGCAGUUAGUGCUGGCACAACAGGCAAAUCAUGUAGCGAGUCAAGUUGCUUUGAAAAGGUACGAGCCCUGUGUUUAGCAGUGGCCCCAUAAAAGUAUUUACAAUGGCACUUUCAUAGAAACUACAAUAUAGUGAGAUUCUACCUUAAGUCACGCACAUCUGGAACAAUAAUAUUGCUUUCAGGAAGAAUGAAUACAGGGGAUAAACUGGCCAGUCAGCAUCUAAUCCAUGUCAUUUUGCUUUUGUUUCCUAAAUCUUUUCCAUUUUCCUGUCUGCUAUAUAUAUAUUUUUUAAAAAAAACCCCUAACUAAAAUUCACAAAAGCAAAACACAUAGCAUGCAUUCUUAUAUUAAUGGCACCAAAACAUUCCUUCAACACAUAAGUCCUAUAAGGACAGUAAUCUCUUUUCCCGUACAAUGUCUCUGGAAGAGACAGUAUUUCAGUAUGCCCUCCCAGUCCUGGAGGCAUUUGCUGCCUCAUCUUCAGUGGGGUUGCUGUGGGUCCUGGCAGGAGCCACGUUUACUAGUUGCUUAGAACAGCUGUUACCUUGAAAAUGUUCAAGGCAGCUCUUGGACCACCUCGUAAGAACUGAUUGUACCAGGAACAUGGCUGAAAAUUUCAGAACUGAGUGCAUAGGUUUGUUCUGACUCCCACGAUGGUCUAGGAGGUGUAGAUCUGUUCAGUUCAGUCUUGACAUGUGAAUCCAGUGACUUCCUCUAUCAUAUCUAAUGAAUGAAUUUAUAACUAGCCGACAGAGAGAGAGAGAGAGAGAGAAGCAGAUAUUGCCAGGCUGCACUGGGUAUCUCAAAGUGUUGGUACCUGUCCAAGCUGGUUAUGUACCUUCAUCUUCACAUUCCAUUUUUAGAUGCUUAUGUGUUGGAAAUAGCACUACAGUGUCAUUGCUAUAAGAAACAAUUCUAAGAUCAGGAAUAUUACAUGAAGGACUUUGAUAGCUUGGGUAAAAGUGCUCUAUUGUAUUGGUAGUAGCGUUUAAGGGCCUAACUAGGUGUGCUGGUAAAUGUGUGAUUGUAUUUCUUGUGUCUAUUUUGUCCUUCUAAGAAACUCCCUUCUCACUGAAAGCUGAUGCUUCCCCUGGUGAUUUUCAUCGUGACUAUGGCGAAGGGAAGGAUUAAACUCCCCUCUUCCUGUGUGCCUUGGUCUGAAUCUCAAUUGGCCCCUUACAACUGCUGUUUAGAAGGGAAAAUAAACAUGUUAAAUGCAAUUAUGCCCACUGCAUGACUAGUUUGGCCAUAACCAUUGAAAAUGUAAGUAGAAUGCAGAGUAUUAUCAAUGGAACAUAAUUUGUCGGAAAUUGUAGCCACCCAGAACAAUUCUAAUAAAGUUUACUCAGAAGUAAUCCCUCUGAGUAAGUGUGUUUUAAGACUUCAGCCUUGUAUGGAUCUUCUGGGCUUUGGCAGAAAAAUAUAUAUUGUGUUUUCAAUCCUAACCAUGUUUCUUAGGAGAGUUAAGUCACAGAAUAAAACACAAAUUUGUGAAAAAAUGUUCUAGGUGCAGUCGUAGAAAUGUUGUAAAAUUUGUACCAUGAUGGUUUCGUUUCUCAAUCUGAUUUCUUUUGGGUUUUUAGAUGGUGAGGGUGUCAAUGGAAGAGAAGAAUCUGUGAAUCUUAAUGAUGCUGAUGAAGGAUUUUCAUCUGGGGCGUCCCUGAGCAGCCAGCCAGUUGGAGCCAAACUUUCAUCCACAUCUCAAAGGGGCAGCUUAAGGAAAGGAGUGAGUGGGCGUUCAGCCAAGGAUAAGGAGAUUUCUACACCUACCAAAUCCACGGAGAGCCCUCGAGAAUCUGCCCGUAAGCAGUACCUGAACCAGUCUAUUGACCUCAGUACAGAUGCAAUUGAAAUGACUCCUACAAAGAAACACCUGAGCCUGCCUGCUGGGCAGGUGGUGCCAAAAGCCAGUAGUGUGAGCCUGAUUCGGACUGCUAGUGCUUCUUCCACUAAAUCAUUUGACUAUGUGAAUGGCAGUCAAGGGGGUUCAGGAGUUGGUAUUGGCGGUGAGGGUGUUACUAACUUAGCAGCUGGCAACACCAAUCGGUUUUCGACCAUUAGUCUACAGGAGGACCGCUUAGGCCAAGCUGGAAAUGGCAAAGAUGUCAUCUCGCCAGGAGCUCCUCUGACCAAGCAGUCCCGAUCCCCAAGUUUCAAUAUGCAACUCAUAUCCCAGGUUUAACUUCGUUGUCCUUCCUCUACUUUCCCCUUUUACCCAAUUCCUUGUUGAGCAACAACAGCAACCAUCAUCCUAUAGUGUGAAAAUCCUGGCUUUUGUGAUCUUGUUCAAUUCAUUUUAGAUGUCAUACUAUAUUUUGUACUGAAACAGCAAUAAAACCUCAUGUUCCAAUCCCCCCCGCCCUUGCCCUCCCUAAAUGUUGUUGUGAAGCAAGUAUAAGAUGUACUUUAUGCCUUUUCCAUGCCUUCCUUUCUCCUUGGGUGAUGUGCAAUCCAUUGUAGGCUGAUCAGUCCCAUUUCAACACUGUGAGUUUUGAGAAGAUCGGAGGAAAUGGUGAAUGUGAUCCCUAUGAAAAUGAAGCUUUGGCUUUUUUUGAGAAAUAGAAACGGGUUAGCUUUCUCAAUCUACAGUUCUGCAAAGACUACUGGACUGUGACUUUUUGUCUCUUAGAACCAGGAGUGCCUCAGAGAUUCUAAUAGGACUUUGGACCUCUGAGUUAGUGCAAUCAAUUCCGAGGGAGGGAAACGCUGCCUUUGCUCCUGGUGGCUGUCUGAAUGCACUUUGUCAUGGAAAUGAGAGCAGUCCUCCCUCUCUACCAUCCUCUAUUCUUCCUCCCCAAACACUUCACGUUCAGCAAUUGAGACAUGCACGUUUUCAAGUUGUUGCCUCCUCAGAAAGAGUGGGCUGUAAGUAGACAGUGUAGGUUACAAUGCACUUUUAAUGGCGUUGUAGCCAUAUUUCAUGUUACAUGUCUUCCCCGUCCAGGACACAGGGUUGAUUUGCCUAUAUGCCAGGACUUCCUGAAAGAUGAAUUAUGUUCAAAAAUAAGUGAGAAGUAGAAAAGGAGCACACAGGCUUACCCAGAAAUUGCUAUUCAGCACUGCUCCUUUUAAAAGAAACUAUUUUUGUAAGUUGAUAUUCUUUGAAAUGAACAAGAAACUGCAGAUGAAGAGAGGCUGCUUGCUGUGGUGUGACUAAAUUUAGUCACAGAAUAGACUUGGAAAUCUGCGGUAAAUACAGAAUGUUCUCCAGAAAGAUAUGCCAGGAACAGAACCAAUGGCUGCAGGAAACAUAGGUGACUGAAUCCUCUUAAAACCUUUGCCCAAACAAUGGCGUUUUUGGCAGUCCUAUCUCCCAGAAGGGUAACAGCUCACUGCCUAUAUUUUGAUUAAUCUAUUGCAGUUGUGACUAUUUCAUCUAGCUAAUGUAAGGGGAGAGGUGGAAUCCUCUUCCCUCUAAUAAUCUGGGAACUCGUACAAUUGAAACUAAUUUUGAAUGCAUGUGACUGGUGUGUGGGCAAUAUUUGGCGUUUACGCUGUAGAUCACUGCUUUAAAUUGCAUUUCUUAUUCUAAAGAAAAGUAUUCAUCAUGUUUUGGACAGUCUUGUGUAUACAUCAACAGCAAAGGGGGGAAUUUUGCCCUUUUAUCCCUUGUACAUUGAUCUGGAAAUGUGCAGGUUAUUAAUCUCAGAAAAAGCUGUUAAGUUCUGUCUCCCAACUCUGGCAUUUUGGGUUCAUUACAUUGGAGAGGAAGGUUGGGAGGAGUAGAAACAAUAGGUUAUUUUUAGAGAGAAUAAAGACUAUGAUAUUUAGAACUACAAAGUGCCAUUACUCUGCUAAAUAAUAAUAAAAACAAUUUUUUAAAAUAUAAUUGACCACUUCCAGUUCUGCUGCUCUCUUGCUUCCCUGACUCAUAACUUUAAAAUUCCACUUUUUCAAAAGGACCUAGCCUACCUAAUAGCAAUGUUGUUUUGUACAAUUGCUGUAAGAGUUAUAGCAGUUCUGUAAAGGGUUCUUAUUGAAGCUAAACUAAUGUUGAACCAUUACAUACUAAGGGAUGGAUCUAGAAAAAGUUAUUUACACUUAGUUCCCAUUCAAAGCAGUGGGACUUUUAAUGACAAAGUUAUUACCUUGAUUUCCAUGAGACCUGAGUUCAACUAAAUUAGUUUGAAUCCAAUCCCGUCUAAUUGAAACUCAGGAAGGUUCACUUGUGAUUAAAUGCAACUAAUAAAUAUCCAAAGUAAUAACUAAACAGUGUGUAAGGUGUCGGCUAGACUUCUUUUGGCUCUGAAGUCAGUACAGUACUUCAGAAAGUGCUUAUGUUCCAUAGACUGGUGAAGGGGCCUGAUCUUAAUUUUCUAGCAUACUGGUGGGAUCCACUCUCAAUUAUUGUUCUAUAGAAACACUUCCUUUUUUAAAAAUAGCAGAAACUAUAGCCAGGUCCCCAAAAGCUGCAUGACUAGUUCCUUAGGCUUUGGGUUUGGUAAACAACAACUCACCAUCCCGCCUGUCAAACCAUGUUUGAAAUGGAGGGAGCUUUUAAAAGAAAAUUGUGAAUCAUAGCCAUGGUGGGGAUAGCUCUGGUUGCAAUUAAACUGGAAAUUUAAAAAUAAAAACCAAGCUCAUAGGCACAUCUCGAGUACAUUUUUAGGAUCCCACUCUAUGUAGUCUACACAAAUGAAGCCAAAAAAGGGAAUCUUAGUCAAAAGAGAGGAAAUUUAUAUUAUUGUAAAGCAGGGCUGGGGGACCUGAGCUUUUUUAGCUGCUUUUGACUAUUUUCCCCAUCGUCCCUGAUCAUUGGUUAUGUUGGCUGAGGCUGAUGGGAAUUGGAGUUCCAAAAAGCGUCCUGUCCCCUUCCCUUGGCUGACGUGUGCUGAGGACCAAAUCGGUUGUUUGUACUUUUUCUUUCUGAAAGACAUGGAAGUGAGAUGUUCAAACGAGUUUUGAAAGAACGUGCCAGCCUAUUCUGAUUUGUAAUGGCAUGUGCAGAAAUGUGUAUUAUGCAUCCCAAUGGGUGGUAGUCCUGCUAUCAAGUUUGAAUGUGUUUAACAAUAAGUCUUUAUUGCUUAUUAAAAUGAAAACCAAAAGAUGUUGUGUAUCUUCAGCACAUUAAAAUUACAAAAAAAUAAUAAAUUAUAUAUAAUGUUUGUGUGUGGGAUAGAGGUUGUAUCAGAUAAGGCUGCUGAAACCCAAAUUGGUUCCUUUUUUUGUUGUGCAGUAGAAACAUAUUGUACUUGGUUCUUUUGUUUUUAGUGCCUUCUGGCAUGAAUCUAAUACUUGCUUGCUGCUGCUCUUCUUAAAUUCCCUUUAUUGUCCUCUUUUGACGCAAUUCAGAUUCUAUCCCUGUUUUAAUAUGCACUUUCCCCAUAUUGUGGGUUCAAGUGGUAUGCUUUCCUUGUCCCCCAAGGAUCUUUAUAGUAUGUUCUGUAACAGAUAAAUGCUGCUGAGCGUCUUUUCUUAACGAUGUGUGUUUGUGUGUCACCUGCUGGUAUCAAGCAGUCGUUUUAACGGGUCCAUGUUGGUGCUGUUUGAGCGUCUGUUGGUGUAUCUGCUGCUCCAUGCUAUGGUGUUCCAAAGUUCUGUUGAAAACCUGCACUGUCUGGUGCUUAAGGGAUUUUAAGUACUGGCUCAAUAUACACAUAACAUCUCUUCCCUCUCCACCCAUUUUUUAAAAAAAAUCCAUGUUUGAUGCUGGGAGUUAGCCCAAGUGUGUUCCUUUCCUCUUAGCACCUUGACUUUUGCACACUCUCCUCCUCAUCCUUUCUGCUAAAAUCCCACCCACUUUUGUUUAUUUCUGGAUUUGGUGGCACACUAGUUCUUGGGAGUGUUUUGAGUAUCUAUAAUGUAUUUUAGAAAUAUUAAUACAAUACCAAAAGUAUACAGAGAGUCAAACAUUAGCUUUCAGUUGCUGGCUUAAAGUUUGACUUGGGGUGAGCAUUCAACUUGACACAGACACUAUGCUAGCAAAAUGUUGAAAAUGAUGGAGGACACAGCGAAGGAGCCAAGAGCAUGUGACCCCAAGGGAGCUCCCAAUAUUUUAAUCAUCUUAAGAAACUAGAGAAAUACUAGGUCUUCACUGAGCCACUGUGCUUUCUCAAGAAAUGAAUUGAACUGAAAUGAUACAGCAUUGAAUUGAUGUGGAAAGGCCAGAGUUGUCAGAUGAACUCUGAUUUAUCAUUUGCCUUAUGAGAUGUUUUCUGCGUAUUUUAAGUCACUUCCUGAUAACUCGUGACAAAAACAGUAUUUCCAUUUAAAGCCCUUUCCCCGUAAUUACGCAGCUUCUGCUUUUUAGAGUGUGGUUUUACACUUUCACAUCUUGUGUUUAAACUGAAGGUACCUUGUGGAGGAAUAUGAGCAGGACUUGUGUUAGUUGAAAAUGUGAUGUUCAUGUGAGAUUUUGCAGGAAAAAUCUGUGAGCAGGAGAGGUUAGGAUCACAGUUCAGUGCAACAAUUUUCACUUGCAAACCUCUAGGGUGGAAUAAUGUUACUUCUGAACAGUCCCACAAUUAAAUAAUAUCCUGCUUUUAAUUUUGCCCAGGAUUUAUACAUGAGGAAAGGUGAACAUACAAUUGCAAGCGGACUUAUUUUAGUUAAGUUUGGAUAUUGGGUAAGGGAGCUAUCGUUUCAUACUGCAGGCAACAGUGGCUAAAUAUCAAACAACAUUAAGCACUAUAUUGAGAAUGAAAGUGUAUUAUUGUACAUCUGAAGUGUGCAACUUAAGGGCAGGACUUCAGUUCAGUUCUUAAAGUGAUUAUCAGCGUGAAACUAAAAUUCCAUAUGGAAGUGAUGAAUUCGUAUCACAGUGGAUAUGUAUUAAUGUAGGUUUUGCAAAUUCAGUUAGUGUCUGAUACAUGUAGUAGAUGCUCUAAUUAUCAUGUUUCUCUUCCUAGAUUUAAGCUUGGCAAGUUUAUAUAUUUUGCCAUCGAAGUAAGGAAAAUCACAAUGUUUUCAAACAAUUUUAUUUGCACUAUUUUGUGAACAGUAGAAUUGCAGGGUUGAAGGACUGGUCACCCCCUUAUUGUUUGAGUGUAUGCAAAUAGGUACAUUGGUCAUGGGUUGACAAUCGAUUGCCUCAGUUGUUUGUAUGCAAUAUGUAAAUAUAACCGUAAUAUUUUCUUGCCUCCAAAAAAAGUUAAGGUUUGCCUUUUCAUUUUUAUCAGUGUUUACCUGUAAGUUAAAAGGUUUUUUACGGUUGAUUAAAAUUAGGUUCGAAAGUACUCAUCUUAGGGUGGGGAAUGCUACCCCUCUGGCCAUGGUUUUAAGCUAAGAUGAUUUCCCCUUCUGAACUCACACACAGCAACAAUAAACAGUUCAGGAUAUUAGACAGACUGUAAAACAUACUGAAAGAAUGGUCAAACCUAAAAAAAAAAAUAUUUUGAUAAAAUUAUAAUUUCAGAUGUUUUGUUUCUUCACAUCUUACAGGUUUAGACAGGAAGAUGGAAAACGCUGCAAUUAUAAACUGUCUUUAGUACUCAAAGUGUAAGCUGGGAAAAUUCAAUCCAUGCCAAAUACUGUUGAGUUGAUGCGUUAUCUAGUAUUAAAUACAUUAAAUAAACUAAUGCCCAUAGGCUCAAUUUAUUUUUGCAAACCUCUUCUUGGGUUAAUUCCCAGUUAAUCUGCUUCAUUCCAACAGUUUUAACAAAUCUUAUCUAGUUUUAUACAGAUAAAUAUUAAGACAGAUAAAUCUAGAGAAAGUAAAGCAUUCUUUUAUUUAAUGGACGUCAAGGAAAGAUCAGUGCUUCGCACCUUGUUGAGUCAGUGGAACUAGAUCACUUACUGAUUUGAAAAUUGUCUAGAUUGUCCUACUGCGAUUAUUAAUAUGAAGCUUGUUACUUUUUUGUUGUUUGGGAUCCAAAGAUAAUUUAGAAUCACUCAAGUGCUUGUGUAUUUAAUUUCUAACUCUUAAGAAAUACCACACUCAAAACUGACACCACCUGAUGCCAUUCAGUAAGCCACAUUUGAAACUUUAGCUUUUACAACCGUGUGCUGUUUUGAAGCAAACUAAUCUAAACUCUGCUUGGGCUCUCAGAAUUAUUUUUACAGGUGUUGGAUUGGAGUCACUGUUUAUAAUUCUAUUUAGUAUUUUAACUUUAUGUGCAGCAAUUAACUUGAGUAAUCAAUGCUCUACCCUAAAAUAAUUGGGGCUUGGGGGGGGGGGGGAAUGCCUAGGUUUGGUGGAGCAGAAUGUAUUCAUCAAACUUGAAGAAUUCCAGAGAGCAUGGUGUUUGUGUAUGUAUGUUUAGCCAUUUUCAUCAUUUGUAAAUUCCAAGCUUACUCCAGAAUCACAAUUUUUAAAAACGCAGGAGCAAACUAUGUAGAUAAUAGCCAUUUUAAAUAUAUAUUUACUGAAAUUCCUUGUGGUUAUCAGGACUGAGGCUUGGAAUUGCAUAAAUCACAAUAGGUUAUGUAGUCAUAUUUAGAAGUAGAAAAUAUAAUAUAUAGGAUGGGUGCAGGGUUGGGGGUACAACUUUUUGUGUGUGUUUUUGUAAAUUCCUGAAGAAUUUGUGUUAAAAAUGUGUCCAGUCUUCAGUAGACUAACUUUUAAAGCAGAGUUAUCAGAACUGCUUACUGGCCUUUUCCAAAAAUAAUGUUAGACAAAGUGCUUAGGAAUAGUUUAUCAUUUUGCAUAUUUCUUAACAAAGUCAGUUGUGUUAAUAAGCUGUUUCAUUUUCAUAACUUAAUUUGCAAGGUAGAUCUAUUUUAGUGAGCACAGUACAGUAGAAUGUUGGUAUAUUUCUGCUUUUGUCAUUUGUUUCAAAAGAUGACUUCAAAACAGUUAUCUCAUGUGCUAGAUGUUGGAGAAUUAAAGUAAUUAAACAUUGAAUUAUAUGUUGGUACCAGAUAAAAUGACAGUAGAACACUUUUUGGUGCUUUAAUUCAGAUGGGACCAAUAUUCUUCCUUUUCUGGCACUAAGGACUUCUAUAGUUAACAGCCCUCCUAGUUCAACAACAAGUCUUUAUAAAACAAAAUUUAGCAGGACUUGAAAUUGGAGAAAGUAAAAAAAUACUGUGUUUCACUGAGUUUACCCAACUUUCUCUUUGACUUGAAAUUUUAUUUAUAAUGAAUGUGAGUGUGUAUCUUUUUUAACCUGCUGAUAUAAGGAUCAUUCAGGGGUGGGGUGGGAGUUCAUGAAAAAUAGUCAUGAGUGUUUGAACGUGUGUAUGUGAGAGGGAGGGAGGGAGAGAACUGUUCUCUUGUAAAAAUACUUUUUACAAUGUCUCACCAUUAGUGUAGAAAUUUGUGGGAAGGGCAUUAGUAAUUUUGUUCUGGCUAUUAUUUGGAAAGCAGUUUCCAGACUAUAAGUUACACGGAAGUCUCAAGUGGGGUGGGGCUUCUAUUAUUAUUGAACAAGUUGCGAAAGGAGUUGUCGCUGAAUUUUUAAUGUUUGUAAUAGGAACACCCAAUUUACCAUUAACCGUUUGAAUCUUAUUAUCCUGCAGGAAUUGCAAUCAUUUUAAAAACUGUUGUAUAAUGUUUAGCUAUCGAAAGCACCCCCCCUUUAUUUUCUCUCAUACAAAGGUUUACUUCUGAACUAAGAUUUUUGAAGGAUUUUUACUUUUUCGGCAUUAUGUAACCUGUUUUACCUCGUUCGCAAAAGGAGCAUAGGCAGCAAUUACCCUGCUUACUGUAAACAAAAUCUGUUUGGCAGAAAGACUUGAAUUAUGUUAAUGUUCCACCAGCAUGAACCUGCAUGUUGGUAUAACACCCAAAACGUUCAGAAUCUGGUGCUGGUGAAAUGCUAAUCAAAAUGGGUAUGUAAUAAAUGCAGUCUUUACGGUGUUGGGGACCCUAAACUGGAACCUGUGAAUAGCUUGUAUUAACAGAACUCAGAUGACAUGUUUUAAGAUCAUUAUAUUGGUGCAUGUAAGCCAUUAUCUUAACUGUCUUACUGAAUCUGGUUAAUGCUGUUGACUGUUGUUAAAAUGUGAAAUGUUGAUCUUGUAAAUACCUGCCAGAGAGAGAAUAUUUUAAAUCAUUGUAAAUAGAGGUGUAUAAAAUUGAAACAAAAUCUGCAAUGCAGAAAAGAUACAUAUAUAAAUAUAUAAAGAUGUUUAAAUAAAUAUUGUGCUGUUUCUGG